AUGGGGAACGUGGGCAGCCACAGCGAGGGCGAGGAAGAAGAGGAGGAAACGGCGCCCUGCGCCGCCGCCGCCGCCGCAGGAGGCGCCCGGAAUAGCGGCAGCGCCGCCAGGGAGGCCUCCUCGCCGGGCGCCAUGGAGACGGCGGCGGCCUCCUCGUCCUCUUCCUCGCCGGCCGCCGCCCGGCCUUCGGCGCCUCCGUCGGCGGCCCCCCUGCCGUCCUCGUCCCCGUCCCCGCUGCUGCCGGCGGCGUCGGUGCUGCUCGGCCAGGCCCGCCUGAGGGAGGAGGCCGCGGCCCGUUUGCGCGAGGCACCCUCGGCGGAACCGCUGCUGUCCCGCCACCACGCCGCCCUGGUGCGCUGGCUGGAGGAGCGCCUGGGCCGCGGGGAGCACGCCGUCAGCCUCGAGCAGCUCUGCGAGGCCCUCGAGGCGCGCGCCGGGCCGACGCCAGGAGGAGGAGGAGGCGGCGGCGGCGGAGCAGCGGGAGCAUCCGUCGCCGCCGGGGCAGCCGCCACGGGAGGAGGCGGGAGUGGAGGGGAAGCCGCUGCCGCCGCCGCCGAGGAGCGAGCCAGGAGCGAGGAGGUGAGCGGUAGCCCACCCCCCACCAUGAGGAAAGGGGUGGCAGCUCAGUGCGUGGAGCAGGUGCUUCGGAGGCCCGACUUUCCGCCCUUGGCAUCUCCAGGCAGGGCUGCUGGGAGGGGGAGACUUCCUCCAGGGGGACCCCGGAGGUCUACCUUGGUAUAAGACAGCUUCCUAGGUUCCUGUUUGAAGCAGCCUAUGUUGAAACCACGAGGACUAGAGUCUUGCUUUAUUUUUAGGGCAAAGUGCACAGGGCAGUGGUGGAGCAUUAUGUUUGCAUGCAGGAGGUCCCACGCUCGGUCUCCUGCAUAUCCGGGCAGGGCUGGGGAAAGGCUCCCUGCCUGAAACCUUGGAGAGCCGCUACAAAUAGUUGUAAAGGUAAAGGUACCCCUGACCGUUAGAUCCAGUCGUGGACGACUCUGGGGUUGUGAGAAUACAAAGCCAGAUGAACCACUAUGGGCUUAGUAUAAGGCAGCUUGUUAUGUUGUUAUUUAAACUAGACCUUUAUUUAGAAUAAUGAGGACUAGAAUCCCUAAAAAUGGUAGAGCAACCUGAUAGUGCUAUACAGAAGUCAUGUUUAUCACCACCACUCACAAGUAAGGCAUUUCCUUCUUGACAUGCCACACAACCCCUUAAGCUGUUUAAGGAGAAAACUUUUCUGAAUCUAGCUAUCUAAGAUCCUGGUCCAAACUGCACUUAAACCUGAAGCGCUGUUAGAGUACCUGCUUUGCAUGCAGAAGGUCCAAGAUUCAAUCGCUGGCAUCUCUAGAUAUGGCUGGAGAAAGACUUCUGCCUGAAAUGCUGGAGAGCAGCUGCUAGUCAGUGUCAAGAAUACUGAGCUGGAUGGACCAACUGUCAGUAUAGGGCAGCUUCGUACAUUCCUCUUUAAGCUCUUUGUUCAGAAAAAUGAGGACUAGAAUCUUGUUUUCUUUUAAGCAAAGGAUCACCUUUCCGUGGCAGAGUACCUGUUCCUAAAUUCAGUCCCCAAUGGUAUCUCCAGAUAGAGCUGGGAAAGAGACCCUCCCCCGUCUGAAAUCCAGGAGAGCCAUUGCUCAUCAUUGUGGAAAAUACUGAACCAAAUGGGCCAGUGAUUUGAUUCAACAUGGCAGCUUCCUCUGUUUGAGGGGAUUGCAUCUACAUGUGUUUGAGCAGCAUAGCCUAUGCACCCAAACGGAAGGGUGGAGGGCCAGUCUCUGCUCGGUAGGGUUUGCUGCCCCAGGCAAAGGUGCCCAAGGGCAGCAGCUUUGCAGUGCACGCUUAUGUAAUACUUGCUGUGUUUGGUUCUGGCGCUUCCUCUUAUGCAAAGUAGAGAGGGCAGCCUUGCAAUGCACUCUUCUGUGGUGUUUACUCCCCAGUAAGUGUUCUUGUGUUUACUCUUAGGAAGCAUGCAAAGUAGGAUGGCAGGCUUGCAGUGCAGGCCUCUCUAUGCUGUUAGAGUUUAUAUCUGUGCCAUCUUUCUGUCAAAAAAAGGUCUCCAAAGCAGCUCAGAGAGAUUCACAAACAAAUUCAAGUUUUAAAAAAUGCAACUUUGAAAAAUUGAAGAUACAAAGUUGUUGUUGUUUUUUUUAAAUCCUCUAUCACUUAUCCCUCUUCUCAUGCGUUCUACCUCUUAAUAUAUUGUGGCUGGGUUCCAUUUGUUUAUUUGCAUGUAUACUUGGAACUGAACCACUCUGUGUUUCUGGGGCCUUAACUCCCCAGGGAAGGGUGCUCAGGGAUGGCAGCUGCGGCCUUGCAAUGCACUCCUGUGUCAAGUAUUUACUCACCUGUAAGCUCCAAUGUGCUCAGUUUAGGGUUUCUCCUUUGGGAAAUGCACAAGGCAGGACAGCAACCUCCUCCUGCAGAGUGGGCUCUACAGCAAACGCUAUUAUGUUCACUUCAGGGCUUCCUCUUAGGAAACGUACAGCAAUGUAGGAUUGUAGCCUUGCGAUUCAGCUCUAUGGAAAUUUGGGAGUGAGCUCCUGUGUGUUUAUUGAGUCUUGCACAGGAAUGGAUUUGAGAUGGAAGUAUUGCUAUUAACAGUUUUGUAUAGCGGUUUUGUGGCUUGGUGAAAUGCUUUAUAUUACUUUAUCUGUGUUGUCUACUCAACAACCAUCUUCUGUGGUGGGCUGCUGCAUUUUCAGAUAUGCAUCUUAGGGUUAGAGUAUGACUUGUGAACCCUGAGCUGAGGGUGGACAGGUGUGAACCUGAGUCUCCUUCCCGCAGCAGUGGCUCUGUGUGGCCUAUAGAAGCAGAUUUAAAAUGCUGUUGUUGGCAGGGGCCACAGAGAAUUUGGCCCAGAGUUCUGAGGCUCCCCAGCGAUGGUUUAGAACAGGCAUAGGCAAACUUGGCCCUCCAGAUGUUUUGAGACUGCAACUUCCAUCAUCCCUGACCACUGGUCCUGUUAGCUAGGGAUGAUGGGAGUUGUAGUCCCAAAACAUCUGGAGAGCCGAGUUUGCCUAUGCCUGAUUUAGAAGUUACCAAGAUGAGAAUCAGAAUUUACAAAUGCUUCAAAUUAUUGAAGUAGCAUAAUGGAAUCUGUGGUAGGUUAGCAUAAGUAUGGGGUUGAGAGGAGGGAAUAAAAUGAUAAGGGUAGUGCAUUGGUUGAAUGUGUUUUGGAGACUUGCAAUACUGACGCUACACGUUUUGGUCCAGUACUAAGUUUUGUUUCCAAGCAACCUUUUCCCCAUAUGACCCAUGGCCGUAAAUAACCUGCAGUUCUGUUGAAAGCAUGACCCAGAGGAUAUAUUUUCCCAUGCUGUUAAAUGUAGUGCCCUCUUCCAAUCCAAAGGAGUGUCUGUGGUUUUGAAGCAUAUAUGCUGGAGCUUUUAACUCCUUAAAAGGCACCCUGCAAUCUCUCUCAGAAGCUGCUGCUCAUGAAAGGAAGUUAGAAGUUACAGUAUGUUAUACUGGUAGUUAGGGGAGUUUCUAAAGUGAGAUUAUUAUUGCAUAAAAACCCAGAUUGAAUUUUGUGUUUCUCCUCUGCUGUUUAGGACUUCACAAGCAUGUGAUUGUCAAACGGGGUAAUGCCUUUAGAAUGGGACAUUGGUUUCACAAACAGUUAAUUAUGGGAAGUAUUAAAUAAUCCUUCUCCUUUCAUUUUAACAGGGUUCUUGACAAUGUUUGCCUACAAGGGAGAACAGAUGCUGGUUGUUUUUCAUAAGUGAUGCUAGGAGUUAUUUUAGUUUGGAAUAUCUGUUUCCUCAGUGUGUUUUAUAUGAGGCAGAAAAUGGAAGAGAAUUGAUUUAAAAUUAAUACACAUCCAAGCAGUUGUUGUGGAAAAUGCAAAAAGCAGUUUAAGUGGUGUUUGAAAAAUGCCUGCUUUGAGCCUGCAAACUCCUGCAUUGCCUUUAGAGUGGGUGUGGACAGUUUCACCUUUAUGUAACAUGUAAUCGUGAUAGUAUGAAGGGAAAGAGAACACUUCAGGGCAAAGGUUCAGGGGACAACACCCUGUUAAGAAACAUGACCUGAUGCUCAGGCAGGGAAGCUGUUUGAUUUUGCUGGCCCUUAGGCUUUAGCAAUGCACAGAGCUCUCUGCCUUUUUGCAACACUUCCUUGUUCACUUGCAAAUAUGCUCCUGAGGACCACAAACAGCCUUCCAGGCCUCUCUAUUCAACCCUCAGAACUCUCUGCAGGUCAAGCCUCAUACGCAGGACACACUCCUCACUGCCCCUGCUCUGCACCCUCCUGAAGUGCUUUUGCCUGGCUGGGCCCUUGAACUGUGAUUCCUCCUGCUUAAGUGAAUAGAAAAAGGGGGGUGUUGGCUCUGAAUCUCGGCCACUUGUAAGCCUGGGUCAAAGCUCCACUUGUUGUUGUUUUUGUCCCAGAUGAUUUGCUUGUGCAUUUCAGAUAUUUAUUUGAAAUCUUGAGCACAAGUAAUAUAUGCGGAGAUUUAUUUUUUAAAGAAGAAAAAGCUUCCCUUCUCAGGAACCCAUGUUACUUUAGCUGAGUCUGUAAACCUGUAUGUGGUUGAUGAGCACCACUUCGGAGCUUGAGCCUCAGGAUGCUUCCAGCUCUCCGUACAGCAUUCUGUAUACUUUGAGUCUCUGGCACUUGUCCAUUCCCAUGAGUUGGAGUGUGUCAUUUGACAAUCUGGGUGGGCUGAUUGGGGAUGGCUUGACUAGCCAACUCCGAGGAUCAAUGGAGAAGUUUGGGGUGUUCCCACAUGGCAUCACAGAUCCACCAUCCCAGACACUGUGGAGAAAACAUCUCUCUUCCUUUUCCCUCAGACCUUUCGUUCCGUGCACCUCUCCUGAGCCCAUCUGCUUCCUCUUCCAACUCUUGUUUAUUUAUUGUCUACUGAAAAAUUAUUUGGAACUUUUCUGCCACGUAAGAGCUCCUAAUAUGGUCCACGCAGUAUUAAGAUGAAUAUAGUAUUGACAGGGACGCGGGUGGCGCUGUGGGUAAAACCUCAGUGCCUAGGACUUGCCGAUCGCAUGGUCGGUGGUUCGAAUCCCCGCAGCGGGGUGAGCUCCCAUCAUUCGGUCCCAGCUCCUGCCCACCUAGCAGUUCGAAAGCACAAUUAAGUGCAAGUAGAUAAAUAGGUACUGCUUUCUAGCGGGAAGGUAAACGGCGUUCCGUGUGCUGCUCUGGUGCCGGUUCGCCAGAGCAGCUUCGUCACGCUGGCCACGUGACCCGGAAGUGUCUGCGGACAGCGCUGGCUCCCGGCCUCUAGAGUGAGAUGAGCGCACAACCCUAGAGUCUGUCAGGGGUACCUUUACCUUUUAUAGUAUUGACAGCGGGCAUCAACUUUUUUCAGGCCUGUGAGCACAUUUAGAAUUUUUUAUCAAAUGCCAUGGCUGCCAGCUCCUCUGCUCACCUCUUGCCUCCCUCCCCCUGGAUCAACCCACACCCCACAGAGACAGUAGAGGAGAGCACAUGCACAUGGAUGUUGCUUUUUCAAGGGAUUUGUGUAAACAGACGUAUACAAGUGUACUCAAAAAUAUUUGUGCAUAUCAGAAAUAAUUUGGUGUCAGGUUUAUUCAGGGGGCAUUUCCUCCCUUGUUAUUGGUGUUGUCAGGCAAUAGACACACUGAAGAGCUCCGAGGCGAGUGAGGCUGAGCAGCCAGACUUUGCUCAGCCCAUAAUGCUGCCAAGGUGGCAUGAUGUAAACUCCUAACCAACAUGAAAGCGUAAGGUUUGCACAACCUUGCUCUCUAUCCAUUCAAACAACCAGUGGAAGCCUUCCCGACAUCGUACAACACCUUUACCAAUCAACCACUCAGGCCCAUAACACUUUUGCCUGACUUCUGAUUGUUCUGUAUAGGGGCACAAUCUGAGGCCGACGGUGAGAAUUGAAAUACUACAAUCUAACCUACUUUUAUCAUUUAUCAUUUUAUUACAUAAAAUUCAGAAUUAAAAACAGUUAAAACGGACUACAUUCACUGGAAUAGGGUGGGUCCUGCAACUCAUCUCUCAGGCAUCAAAGGUCGGGGGGGGGGGGGAAGCUGCAUAUUCAGCAUUUACCAAAAGCUGUAUACUGAAUAAGCUGGACACAGUUCUGCGCAGAAGGAAUUGCACAGUUUAGGGCCUUCCAGCAGAGAAUGACCUCUCCUGGGCCACCGCUCCGCUCAAAAAACCUUCUGAGGGUGGUGGAACUUCCAAGGGGACCCUUCUACUGAGCUUGACAUCCAGGCAGGUCUGUAGGGAAGGAUGAGGUCUUUCAGAUAUUUGGGACCUAAAUUGUUUAGGGUUUAGAACACUUAAUGUGAGCACCUUGAAUUGGGCAUGGAAACAAACUGUCAACCAAUGUAGGACAGUAAUUGGAAGAUGCAUUCACCAUGUUAAAAUAAAACACCUGUCACUUCUGAGGUCUUUGGCACCCCAGAAAUCAGCCAGCAAAUCCACCCACACAUGGCUUCAGCUCAGCAAAUUUAUAUCAAGAGGGAGUAUUGUGGCUGAACUGAAGGGACAGGUGAAAACACUUACUUCCCCUAGCAACUGUUCCCUGCCUUUCACCAAGAGAGUACAUGUUCAGAUAAGGUUAUAGCCCAAUUGCAGAGAGCUAAAUGGCACUGACUUCCCUGUCUCUGCAGUUACAGCUAGCUACAAAUCACAAUAAUUUUUCAUGCAAACUAGGAUUGGAUGUACUUGUUGACAGUAGUACACAGCAAACAAAGCACCUGGCCAGCUUUGUUUAAAUGGUGCUACUUGGGAGGUCACUUAGCCAAACACCACUCUGGUUGCCAACACAUAGUCUGUCCUCCCAUGCUGUGGUUAAGCAUGUGACAAGCGUUUUCACUGCUGACCUUUGAAUUGAGGAUAAUCCAUAUCCAUUUACAAGCAGCAUGUUCAGCAAUGAUGCACACGCAACAGUGUGUAGAACAAGUUACAGUCAGUUGUACAAAAUGGGCUGGCAUGCAAAGAAAGUAUUUUGCCCUUUUUUCAAAUGGCUGUUUUGGCUCAAACAAGUAGGCCUUGAGCCCUUAUGCUGAUGCCAUGUGUAUAUCUAACCUUUGGCCAUCAUGGAUUAGUUAAAGGACCAGAAGGGAGACUAGCUUUAGUUGGUGAAAGCAAACAACCUUGUUGCUUACAUAAGACACUUCAGGUAUGUUUACAGACUGCCCUAUCCUGUGUUGCAUUACAACAAUUUCAGUUGUGUCGAUCACACUCCCUAAAAGGGGCUCGCAAUCUAGUCUGGGUUACAUCUUGAGGGAAACUUAAAGUAGAACAAGCUAAAAUUGAUACCUUAAAAAAGUAUGUCCUUUCUAAGGACAUAAAAAUAGCCUGCUGGAUCAGUGGCUCAUUCAGUCCAGCAUCCUGUUCUCAGAGCGGCCAACCAGAUGCCUGUAAUAAACCCCAAAGCAGGACCUUAGUGCAGUAGCAGCUUGGGAGAAAACUGGUUUAUUACUACUUUUAAUAGGUUUGCAGGAGUGUACUGACAAUCCAUCUGACUCAAGAAAACAGAACAUCAUGUCCAGUCUAAGAUUUUGUUAAAGCAAUAACUGUGAUAAACAACCAGUGAGAUUCUUUUACUAGUUUUGGGAAUCAUUUCAAAUCUCUGCUGAAACCAUGGUCUUGGAGGGCAUCUCUGAACUACUUGCUGUUUCUGUGACUCAGCUACAGCUCCUAUAGCCAAUGGUCAAAAAGGCAAUGCAAGUUAAAACAAGUUGUGUGCGUGUGCGUGCGUUCACCCCCUUCAAAAGUCGAUUAUAUAUAUAAACAGUUGAAUACUGUAUUCAUAAAAUCAAUCCCACAGAUACCAACAGAGCUAAAGGUCUCUGUUUAGAUGCCAAAAAGACAAUAACGAAAGUGCCUGAGAUAUAACGGAAGGGAGUUCAAAGGGUAAAGUGUCACCACACUAAAGGCCAGCUGCAUCUAGAGAGUAUCAGAUGAGUAUUCACUGCAGGUGAUUGAUUACCUUCUAAAUCAAGUUGUACCCAGUGCGCUAUAACUUUGUGCCAAUGGAGAAAAUUGCUUUUUCCAUUUGAGAUAGUUAAAGACCGUUGACAGUGGGCACGAUAAAAUGGGGAUCUCCCCUCUCUGCUCAUCUAACUGCUGAUCUUCUUUUUCUUCCCCUUCAGGCUUUUGCUCAGUUUGAUCCUGAGGGUGAUGGCACAGUGGAUGUGGAGAACAUGCUGGAGGCUCUCAAGAACUCCAGCGGAGCCAAUCUUCAAGGGGAGCUUAGUCACGUGAUCAGGCAGCUGCAGGCUUGUUCGCUUGUCCCAGGUAAGAAAUGGGAAGGAAGAAGGGAGAUGGCUUCUGUGGAUUUAUCUUAAUGCAAUGGGCCACGGACUUAAGAUAGCAUGACAGUAACCCCCUGGGAAGGUGCCUGGUGUUAGAACAAAUGGAGAAGGGCCAUAGCUCAUUGGUAGAGCAAGCUGAAGGUCCCAAGUUCAACCUUGCUUCUCCAGGUAGGGUUGGGAGAGACUUUACAUUGGGACUUUCUUCCUAGGAUGAUUCUUCUGCCACUGUAAGGCAGCUUCACAUUCUCCAGUUGAUAUAUAGCUAUGUGAGUUGCAGUCGAAAACAUCUGGAUAAGACCAGGUUGGUGAAAACUAACGCAUCCAAUAGCAGAAGGAAUCAUUGAUUGGGCAUCUCACUUAGCUCAAGUGUGCAAUUCUAUCACCAUUGCUAUCUUCACCCUGAACCAUUCAAGGGGUUCAUUUUUAUUCACUUGUUUACUCAGGAGCUGUCAUGUUAACUUGCUCUUGUUUUCCUGAGAGGUGCAUGGUCAUGACUCAUGAGGCAGUGCCAAACCUUUGCAAGGUUUCUAGUAGCAUUGUUUGGGCACACCCAAAAUAAACAGUCAGGUUAUAAAAGUACUCAUAGCUAAUAAUAAUGCUUGUUUUUCAAAUAUUCAUAGUGCUUUCACAGUCUUGCUAAGGUAAGGCCAGUAUUGACCCCAUAUUACAGAUGGGAGAUCAAUGUAGAUAGAGGGAGAUUGACGUUUACUGAAGAUCCACACUGAGUUUCUAUAAGAGGCAAGAUUCAGAGUAGCAACUGUCUGCUUCGUAGCUCAAGCUUCUUAGCCACUGCACCACAUCAGUGUCUAAAAUAUAUGAAAACUGUUAAAUCUGGGGGGGAAACCUCAGACACCCUGCGAGAGGGCUAUGAGUUCUGUGCUAGGAAAAGGUCUGAGAAGAGAACAGUAUUUGCGGGUCUCUCUCUCUCUCUCUCUUUUGCAUCGUGUUUCACUAGUUUGUUUGCAUUAUUUGAGCCCCAUAGUUGAGUUGAAGCAGGUCUUAGCAGUCUUUCACAGCUAGAAGAGGUUAAGGAUAUGGUUCAAGGUACCAAGUAAGGAACAGAUAGUCAUAUAGAGUGUGGCUACUCCCAGUUUCUGAACACUGGAGAUUUUGGGAGAUUCUGCACCCAUGUUCAUAAACAUAUCCUCCAAACCUAGGAAUGGACUAGGAUUUUUAAACAAGGGCCAUGUCAUAUUUCCAUAAACUUCUAGGAUCAGACAACAUGGAAAAAUGCUGCUACCAGCUCCUACCAUUCUGUAGGGAUUAUAUCAAAACAGUUUCAGUAGUUUAGGAUACAGUGAUUACUUGGUUCACACACAGUUAAGCCAUCAGCCUGUUCCUUGGGGCCAAAUGUGCUUCCUCACUUGCUCACACUGAUUGAAUAUGCUUCUCCUCACACUCUGGUUUUAAUUAUCAGUAGCUUCAUAUCGUUUCUUAGGGGCACUGCUGCUGCUUUUCCCCCUUCCACUAGCAUAGUUUGGAAGCACCUAAGUGGUGACUUGAGUGGGGUUUAUUUAUGUUUAGCCCAGGGAUUGGGAGCCUGUGGCCCGGUAGAUGUUGUUGGACUACAAUUCCCAUCAUGAUGGGAGUUGUAGACCAACAUCUGGAGGGGCAACAGAUUCCUCUGUUCCUGUUCUAGCCAGUUGAGUGAUAGAAUUAAGUUCCACUUAAUUAACUGAAGCAGGAAAUGUUCUGUCUCUACCAAAAUAUGUAUGCACUUUAUUAAGUGCCUUUCCCUUUCCUUCACAAGGUUUUGUAGACAUAUUUUCAGAGUUGAAUGAGCGCCUUAGUCUCCAUGCUUUCAUGAUCCUGAGGUUCCUGCACCGGCACCGUAUCGCCAGCACAGUCAUCCCAUAUCCAGUCUUGGAGUACUUCAACAAUAUUUGCACCAUGCGAUCUUCUGUACUGAAGGAUUCUUUAGACCGGCUCCUCCUAAAAGAAAAAGGUAUUGGAAGUUGAUUUGUCCUCUUCUCACCUAAAAUGUUUAUAAUCAGGGCCAGCCACUGAGGUGCAAUUAUAAUCUUAAUUGUGUUUCCUCUCAAUCUUCUGAAUAUCCAUGUCAGGAUAAUUUCUUGAGCAGUUCAGUAUCAAUACAUCCUUGGAGGCAAAGCUCCUCUGCAGGUGGAGAUGCCGAUCUAUGCCUCUCUUAUUUGAACCAUGUUUAAAUUCUGAUUUCACUAACGUGUGGCAUUUUUGUCACUAUGGGUGCCAUCCCCCCUUUUUUUGUCUUCUCCAGAUCACCCUUCACUGUAAUUGUUCUGCAUAGGUUGUGAUGUGGGUCAUUCAGUCACUCAGAAUACAAAGGCGUAGCAGAAUUAUCUACCUUCAGAGGAGGCUGCCUGUUGCAUUGCUGUAUGAGUAUCUGCUCUGGGCAUCCCCCCAUCCAAUCAUUCAGGUGUGCCCAGAUUAGCAAUUCAUGUGGGAACUCAGAGUGGGCUUUCCUAAGGGUUGGCAGCCCUAUAAGUCCUUUAAUAGUGAACCUGGGCAACUGAGCUCCUGACAAGAGAGGGGAAAGGACCUAAAGAAACCAUAAGCCAGAUCCACACAGUCUGCUUAACAGUUAAGUCUGUGGAUGAUACUUGUACUAUUUGGAUGACAGUUCAAUACCUGCCCUUAAAAAAAAGAGAGAAAAGGAAACACUAGGCGAGAGAGGUUACUUUCCUUUCCUCUAGGCAAAUUCUCAAUGAAUGUGUUGCAAGGAAAUGAAAGAGAAUCACUUCCUCAAAGGUCUUGUAGAUUGCCAUGAAGGUAGGGGGACGGAGGAAGAGGUAAGCAGAAGUCAGUAUGUUGGUAUGAAUGUUUUUACUUAACCUGUCUUUGCCGCUUCUUCCAAUCUCUUUACAGAAUGUCCGAGUGAUUUAAAUGGAAACCAGGAAUUAGACAAGCUCAAAUCAGUUUCAAAGUGCUACACUCACAUAGAAACUUCCUCCAAUUCAGCAGACAUUGACAAAAUGACAAAUGGAGAGACCUCCUCCUUCUGGCAGUCUGAUGGGAGUGCUCGGUCACACUGGAUACGGUGAGUGACAGGCUGGAUUUCAUUAUUAACAAGGCUUCUGGGAUUUCCAGAGCAGAACGUUCCUCUUCUUUGUUUGACUUGGAUGGAAACUGGUUAACAUAAGACUCUCAAGCUUGUAGAAGAGAGGUAUUGUGGUUCUGUCCAGAUGUUGGACUCCAACCACUAUCCCUGGCUUGGACUUAAUUCUGAGCCCAGGAACUGUGGUUUGUUUCAUUUAUUCAUAAAAUUCCUUAGCUGCCCUUCACCAUAAGGUCCCCAGGAUGGGUUACAGCUAUAUAAACAUAUGGUUACAAAACCAAGUAAAACCUUUUCAACCAAAACAGAAGCUUCUCUUGAACAGAAGGGGUGGGUCCCAUAAAACAAAAUACCUUAACUGUCAAAAGCUAGUAUUGCUCCCACUAGGCUCACGGCAUGGAUAAACAACAGUGAUGUGAAAAACUUCGUGCAGGAGGUUUUUCUACCACUAUGUUUUCCUAUGAUUCUUCCCCGUGUUUACUUAUUUAUAACAAUAUUUCUGUACCGCUAAUACAUAAAGAAAAUAUCAAAGUGUUUCACAACAAGUACAUAUGAAACCAUACAAUAAAAAGCAUAUUAAAAAGUUAAAAUCAGAUAACUGUUGUGGAAAGAUGUAUUCUUAAUUGCCUGCAUAAGCUUGAAGGAAUAAAAAAGUUUUCAGCAGGCGUUUAAAAGUUGAAACAGAUGGUGUCUGCUGUAUCUUUAGUGACAGAGGGUUCCACAGAGCUGGGCAGAUUACACAAAAGGCUUGGUUCCUUGUUGUCUCAAAUGAACCUUGCCAACUUGGGGAAUGACCAGCGACCGUCAUGCAGGUGAUCUCAGUGACCAACCUGGGAUAUUAAGCUUCUGGCAGUUCCUGAAGUACUCUGGGCCGAAGUUGCUCAGGGCUUUAUAAAUUAAGACGUGAUCCUGGCCUGAUAAUAGAUGAACAGCCAGUGUCAACUUGCUUGGGAUUUUAACUGUUGAUAAAGUUUUUAAUGUGCUGCUUGUUUUAUUACUAGGUUUAUGGUGAUUUGGGUGAAGUUCUGCCCAGAAGACCUAAUAGGCAUGACUAAUGCUGGAUGCAAGCCUUUGCCUUUAAUUCUCUCAUGAUUGCUUUUUUAAUUGUAAGCUGCCUUGAGUUUGAUCUUUAUCAUGGACUGGUGCGAUAUGUAUGGCCCAAUGGAUACAUAAGCCUGGCAUCCUUUUAUAAAUGUGUUCUUUACUGAAUAAGUGCAAGUCGGGCAAGCUCAGUUGGGUACCACAAAAUCUUCUGUUCUCACCCCCCGCAUUCCCAAUGAAACCUCUUUGCCUUCCAGUUUAAAGAUGAAACCGGACGUCAUUCUGAGGCACCUCUCGAUUGCAGUCGCAGCCAAUGACCAGAGUUACAUGCCGCAGCAGGUUACGGUAGCUGUUGGAAGGACGGCCAGCAAUCUCCAGGAGGUCCGCGAUGUUCACAUUCCCAGCAAUGUUACCGGAUAUGUGACAUUGUUGGAAAACGCUAACAUUAGUCAGAUGUGUGAGUCAAUAACAAUACAAUUGGUGUUUCUUCUCUCUCUCUUUUUUUAAUAAAACAAAAUAUAUUUUAACUGACUGGCUUGAAAGGUAAAAGGGGGGUGGGGAAGCAGUUCCUUAGGGAUGGGAAGUUUGGGUUACCCAGGUCAGCCCAAAGUCGCUUUAUCUCGUCCAGGUUAACCCAAAGCGACUCACAAUCAGCCCACCAAACAGACAAGAAACCCCACACAGACACUUUUGCCUGCAUCCCUAGAUGUUGAGCUCUCAAUAUUUGUGGAUGCCCAUGCUCAGAGACAGUUUUCAUGUGUUCUGGGGCCAAGCCUUUGAAUCUGAGUGCAGGUUCUGGGGUUCAGCUAGAAAACCUAUUUAAAAGAGGGUUGGAGUUCAGACUGACAGGUUUCAAUGCCCCAAGUGUGCAUAACUUUAUAACUGUGCCACUAGAAACGUGAAGCUUAAUACUUGGAAACCACUGAAAUCGAAUGUCUUGUGAAUAUCUUCAGGCAAGAUUCGGGGUCUGUAUUAUCCUCAUUUCCAUGCAAACCCGUGAAUGUCAUGGUUGGCUUAAAAUGCACAAUGCACCUCAGCAAGAUACCUGUGGUUCACUCGGAUAUUUGACAGCCCCCUGCCCCCAUUAUUGUGGUUUGCAUGAUUGCUGGUUUGUUCAUUAUCUAGAAUUGAAUCUGGAAUUCUGACUCGCUCAGGGAAUUGGAACGUUGUUGUUUUUAAAGCUCAUUAAUUUCUGUUGAAGUAGUCUUGGGGGCCUAUAACCCGUACAAAAAUACCAGCAUUAAGAAAAAUGUUGUAGUUCUCAGAGAAGUCUUGUCUGCCUGGGACUGUGGCUUACUCUGUUGCCAGAACUACCCUCAUAUAUAAUACAGAUCACACACUUAAGCUAGUUGAGUGUCAAUCAGUUUUAAUUAUUGAUUUAUUACAUUUAUAUCCCGCCUUCCCCAUUUUAUCCUCACAACGACCCUGUGAGGUAGGCUGGGCAAAGAGACAGUGACUGGCCCAAGAUCGCCCAGUGAGCUUCAUACCAGGUGGCAAUUUGAAGCCUUGUCUCUCCCAGGCCCUAGUCCAGCACUCAGAACCACUACACCACACUGGCUACCAUUUUGGAAGGGAGAUGGGGCCAGCUAAAAAUAGGAGUGGCUUCUGGAUAUUUGUGGGACUCCCUAAUACAGAAGUUUGUCUCUUUUUGUGGGGCAAGGGGAGAAAUAAACAGAAAAGAAACGUGGCCUGAUCCACAGACUUUUGAAGUUCCAGGAUAAACAACAUGUGGAUAAUUACAUGCCAGUAUUGUGCAAUAGGGACACGGGUGGCACUGUGAGUUAAACCACAGAGCCUAGGACUUGCAGAUCAGAAGGUUGGCGGUUCGAAUCCCCACGAUGGGGUAAGCUCCCGUUGCUCGGUCCCUGCUCCUGCCAACCUAGCAGUUCGAAAGCAUGUCAAAGUGCAAGUAGAUAAAUAGGUACCGCUCCAGCGGGAAGGUAAACGGCGUUUCCGUGCGCUGCUCUGGUUCGCCAGAAGUGGCUUAGUCAUGCUGGCCACAUGACCCGGAAACUGUACGCCGGCUCCCUCGGCCUAUAGAGCGAGAUGAGCGCCGCAACCCCAGAGUCUGUCACGACUGGGCCUAAUGGUCAGGGGUCCCUUUACCUUUACUAUUGUGCAAUAGGGCAGGGGGCGGGAAGGAAAAUGGAGAGAGAAGUGCCCUAGCAACUUUGCAGUUAAGUUUCCUAGGUGAAAGCACUCCCACCAGGCAUUAUAAAGGGCUAUUUCAGGAAGAAAGGAAACCUCGGUUCUCAAACGCAAUCUGUUCCGGAAGACAGUUGGAAUUCCGAAACGUUCGAAAACCAAGGCACAAAGGGUUGGCUGCAAAUGCAGUUGAGAAAAUUGAAAAACAUGCAGUGUAGGCUGUUCGACUUUGAAAAUGGAAGCAUUUACUUUCAGGUUCUGAAAUAUUUGACAACGGAGACGUUUGAGAACCGAGGUACCACUGUAGUUAAAAGAUACACUGGUUUGAUGCAUCAGAUGAAGACUAGGGUAAAAUAAAAAAUACGACCUCUGUGGGGGGAUUUAGACAUAAGGAUUCCCCACAUGUCUGCCUUUUUUUUUGCUAAAUAAUUUUUAUUUCAUUUUAUAAUGUAUAUAAAACCAAGACAACAACAGAUGGGGAAAAAAUAUCCAGAUAGGCACAUAGAGUAAGUACAGAUACAUAUGGGUUAAGUAACAAAGUCAGGAAAGAAAAAAUGAGAGUAAAAAUUGCCUUUACGUAGAAGAAAGAAUAUUUGUGUUAACUGAUCUUCACAUAUAGUUCCAGAUUUGCCAAGCACGUGAUGAGGGUUGUUUUGAAAAUAAUGCUUCUGCUGUAUAUGUAAUAAAGGGAUGCCAAAUCAUAUUUAAAAUAUCUGGAAGUGCUAGACCUUGUUGAAAUCUCAAAUUAUGCAUAACUACAUGUCUGUUUUGACUCUUGAGUCUGGCAUAUGAUUCCCAGACAAUAAUUUAAGCCUGCCUGCCACUAGGUCCGCCUUCAUUUUUGUGGCUUGGCAGUUGGCUAUGCUUGGUUUACAGCUGCCCUGCUCUGGAGAACCCAAAAGAAGGUGCAGGAAUUUUUCAGGCCUGGCAUAGGAAGCUUGUUUGUGUCGUUCUCCACUCCCCAGUAAAUAAACUUGGUUGGGCAGCAACAUCCUCCAUGAUGAGCCUUCUUCCCCUCACUUCAUAUUUUCCUUUAAUAGCUUGUAGAAUCUACCAAUUACCUAAACCUAGGAGUUUAUUGAUUCAUGGUAUUGUACUCUGAAUAAGCAGUCAUGUUCUAGGCUGCAGGAGAGAAUGCUUUUGGAAUAUAACUCAAAGGGGUUGAGGUGGUAAUGUACAGCGAAGGAUGUUCCGCUACACCCGGCAUAGGCAAACUCGGCCCUCCAGAUGUUUUGGGACUACAAUUCCCACCAUCUCUGACCACUGGUGCUAUUAGCUAGGGAUCAUGGGAGUUGUAGUCCAAAAACAUCUGGAGAGCCAAGUUUGUCCAUGCCUGCUAUACACGUAUAUCAUGUUUUGUGAUGUUAGCUGUUCUUAAACGUUAUUGGACAAUCAGCAGCUUCCCUUUGAGCUGUAGAACUUCAUUAAAAACAAAAAACAAAAUUGGCCCAUGGCUGGAAGAAAUUAUUUGUUUGAUGCUUUUGACAGAUGUACAGAUAAAUAUCAAGCGCUGCCUUAGUGAUGGGUGCGACACCAGAAUCCACGGGCUCAGGGCUAUCGGCUACCAAAGAGUGAAGAAGGGAGGUGUCUCGGUCUGCGAUGCUUCGGCGAUCUGGUACUGGUCCCUUUUGACCUCUCUGAUCACAGCGUCCAUGGACACCAACCCUGCGAUUGUUCAUGCCAUCCUGCAAAAUACUCAGUGAGUAGUUCUCCUUUUUCUACUUAGCUACAUUACCCUCUGCAUUUUUCCUUCUUAUGAGUGUACACCAGUGCUUAUAUCUGGCCAGGGUGGGUUACUAAAAUUUUAAAAUUCAGAAUUAAAAACAGCUAAACUACUCCUCCAUUUUGUUGUAUUUUUGUUUGUAAGAGUCUCUUAUGCACGGUUUUAGAAACAGCAGCUUAAAAGUUGUUGUAAAACUAGGUACAUAUCCUCCCUGCCCCCACUCCCAUCUAGAGGAAGCCUUCUAGAUUUUCCACAGGCAGAGCUCUGACAAGGGCAGGACUAUUAAGGUAUAGUCAUUGAUUUUAUUUAUAUGUUUAGAAUUCUGCAUUGCUUUUCCUCUAUCCAAGAGCCCAUAACAACAGUGGGCCAUUGCUUUAAAAAUGUAACAUGUAACUGAACCACAUAGAGGUGUAGCUGGGCUGCUCACGUUGGCAUCUUGUUCUCCGUGAUGUGCUGUGUUGCAACCUUGUCCACACUGGACUUCCAGCAGCGCUUCCUUCUUGCCAUUGUUUCUGAUGGGAAGCUCUCUUCCUUUUUCUUCCUCCAGGAAGGCCCUGCAGCAUAUGCCGCCGCUUUCUUUGUCACCAGGCUCCAUAGACUUCUCAAGCUUCCUAUCUCCCAACGUUUUGGAAGAAGUGGACAGUUUUCUUCUGGGAAUUACCAGGUACAGUCAUAAUAGAGCAUUGCAGUGGUACCUCUGGUUAAGAACUUAAUUCUUUCUGGAGGUCCGUUCUUAACCUGAAACUGUUCUUAACCUGAGGUACCACUUUAGCUAAUGGGGCCUCCCACUGCCGCUGCGCAAUUUCUGUUCUCAUCCUGAAGCGAAGUUCUUAACCCAAGGUACUAUUUCUGGGUUAACGGAGUCUGUAACCUGAAGCGUCUGUAACCUGAAGUGUCUGUGACCCGAGGUACCACUGUAAUACAGCAAAUAAGUGUUACACCAUGAGCAAAUAUCCAUUCUUCAGCCUCAUUCCUUCUGGAAGCUUGCAUGCUAGUGGUGGGUUGGGUUAGAGGCAAAAGUGGGCGGGCAACCCAUGCAAAUUUCACUUGUCUACAUGGCAGCACCUUGUCACGUAUGGCUGCCAAGCUCAUGCUUCAACAGAAAUCAAGUCCGUGUUAAAUCCCUAGACUAGAGCAUGGGUGAGGAACUUUGGCCAGCCUGAGGGCCGCAUUGCCUUCUGGGGGCCACAUCCCUGUCGUGGGCAGGACUAGAGGCAAAAGAGUGCAAAGCAACAAAUGUAAAUUUUACUUCUGUAGGCUGGUUUCUACACACAUUGGCACACCCCUCUCUGUCCUUCAUCCUUGCAAGCAAGAGGCAUCGUCACAAUUCAAACGCACUUUCUAGCCAGGCAAAAUCACUGGUCGGGUGGGAGAUGCAGUGGGCAUGACCUGGAGAGAGUCCCAAGGGCCAGAUGGAGAGGCUUGAAGGGCCACAUUAACCUCCAUGGCCUAGUUUCCCCCACCGUGUUGUGACACAAUGGAAACCACAGCUUUUUAGUUCAGACAAGAAAGCACAGGACUAAGGGGAAAUGUUUUAGAAGCUGAUACAAUUCUGAGUAGCCUGGGAAUUUUUCCUCCAGUCUCCUUAUGUAGCUUGUUCUUCCUCCAUAUCCUGCAUUACAGCAUGUCGUGGUGGUUAGAAAACAAUAGUCCAAGGCUACUUGUCUAAUCCCUGUUUUCCGUCCAUUUGUUCCCAGUCGUUGUGCCUCCCCAGAAGUAGAGCUUACCCUGCUGGCAUUUUCCCUGGCCAGGGGCAGCAUUGGCAAAGUGCUGAGUUCGCUUUGCACGAUCGCCGACCACCUGGAAACGCCUUACAAGGCUGCCUCACUCAUCGUCUCCAUGGCCACGGUCAGGCAAAACUUGCUGUACAAAUACGGUAAAUAAUGGCUGGGGAAUGUUCAUAUAGUUGUUUCUAAACCUAUGCAUGGCAUUGAAAAAGUGGUUACAGAAAAGUUAUAAACUCAAGACAGGUAAAAGAAGGUACUUCUUCACACAGCACAUAGCUAAACUCAGGAACUCACUCCCACAAGAGGCGGGGAUGGCCACUAACUUGGAUGACUUUCAAAGAGAAUUGGACAAAUUCAUGAAGAAUAAGGCUGUCUAUAACGACUAGCCAUGUCUGCUAUUUUCCGCCUCAUAUGUUGGAGGCAGUAAUGCUUCUGAAUAUUGACUGCUGGAAGCCCCAGGAUGGGAGAGGGCUCUUAUGUUCUGGUCCAGCUUGUAGGUUUCCUAUAUGUAGCUAUUUUGCCACUGUGAGAACAGGAUGUUGGACCAUUGACCUGAUCCAGCAGACCCUUCUUAGGUUCUUAGGCUUGGGUAGACACAGGUUUGGUAACUGUUUCAGACUUCUAGCAGUUGUCCUCUGCUUUUCUUUGAAGCUAAGAAAACAAGAAACUGGGAAUGUUUGCAUCCUUGAACUGAAACACGGUGAAGAUUUUGUGUUUUAAAAGAAUCACCUUUGUGGGGUUAUUGGUGCAUUCCUUCUUUAAACUGUUUAUUCACAGAGGAGCACUAUGUUUCCUAAUCCCAUCCUCAAAUUGAAAAGUAUAGGGGAUGCCGUGAGUGGGGUGCUUCUCUGUGUUGUUGACAGACUUGUCUAUUGCCGUCUCCAGGAACUCCCCUGAGGCUGACGCUGCAGGCCUGUGAUGUCAAAGGAAAGGAAGACAAAUCAGGUCCUGAAAAUCUCCUUAUAGAGCCAUGGACAGGGGAUGGUAAGGGCUCGCGUUGAUUCCAAUCACGUAUUUCUUACAUUUUAUCUUGCUUUUUGUAUCUUCCCUUUCUUCCUCAAAUGGAGGUAUGGAAGGUAGCUUACAUAAGAAACUAGGCAGUAACAAUUUAAAACAAACUAACUUAUGCAUAGCAGGAGAUAACACAUAGUAUAAAGCAGCCUGGCAGCAGGGAAUUGGGCAGAAAAGCAGAUGCACAGCAGCUGAAGGGGGAGCAGGGCAACAUGUUUUACACUCUAGGUGCAAGAAUAUAGAAAACUCUUAUAGCAAGUCAUUUGCCAGUUGAAUUCCUGAUGGCGACGGGAUUUACAACAGGGCGUCUCGUGAGAACAGACAGGCUUGUGGUAGGACCUGUUCCUUUUUAGGCAUCCCACGCCAUUUGGGACAUUAAUUGAGCCUGGAAAUAAGCUGGAGGUCAUUGCAGCAAGUAGAAAAGAGAAAUCACCUGCUGCAAAUCCCUGGGCCCAGUAAGCAGUCUCACCAUGGAGUUCUGAAUGAGUGGAAGUAAUCCAGUCUCAGUGUAAUUGGGGCAUGUGUAAUCAUGACCAGAUGUGGCCCCUCCUGAAGUGUGUCCAACUGACACACUGGGCAAAGGCAUAGCUGCUACCUGGGCAUUGAGGGAUAAAACUGGGUCCGGGAGCUCACUUAAAAUCCUCAGUUGGAUAGUGAAGCAGGUACAUGCAGGUUCUGUGAGCCUGUUUGAAAACCUUCAUCCAGCGUGUGACAUGAUGAAUUGGUAGAGACAGGUAUCAACGGGGAUAGCCACCUCUACUUCUGGUAGGGGGAUGGUUGGGCAGAAAGAUGCUUCCAGACACAUGCCUUGUUGUAACCAAACAGUGCAUCAGUGUUAGGCCUCCUCCCCUGGUUGGCCCAAUCCAGAGCCCAAACAUGCAUCGUCCUGAACAUUCUCGAUAAAUUUCAAGUCUUCUUGUUUUGUUCAAAGGUUUCCUUACUGAGACUGGAAAGAGGCAGGCCAGUGUCAUUCUUUCGACCGGAACUGAAUCAGCCUUUCAGGUCACACAAAUCAGAAUAAAGGUAAGGGUUCUUCUGUUCAGCUUUCCGGGUAUGAAUGAAAUUGCUUUCUCUGUACAUGGUUAGAGCUUCAUUAUUCUCCUAGGUGCGGAGGGGAGCGAUUGGGGCCCGGUGUGGGUUGGUGUUUGCUUACAACUCCGCUUCAGAGAAAUUUCACGCAGAGGAGCACUUCAAGAGAUUCGAGAGCUAUGACAGAUGGAAGCUAGAAGAUUUCCGACACUUCUUAAAAGCCAGGUAAAUGCAACCUCUCAGCUGCCACCUGAUUCUUUUAACUGACAGUGCAGAUGGUUGAACCUGAAUUUUUCUGUGUAUGCUCCGAUAUUGGUCUAUUACCCUACCUUGAAACUCAAACCACAGCAGCUUUCUUUGGCUUGAUAAUGCUCAGGAUCCGAACCCACAACCCCAGUGGCCUGUUUCUUUUUAAAUUCUUUUUAUAAAUUUUCCAAAUUAUUACAAAUUAAUUUAAUACAAUUUUGUUACACACACACACAGUGGUACCUCGGUUUCCGAAUGUCUCUGUUGAUGAACGUUUCGGAACUCAAUUGCCAAAAACCAAGAAGCAGAUGCUUCCGUUUUCAAAUGCGCCUUGGAAGUUGAACUUCUGAGCUGGCUUCCUGUUUGAGUUUUCUGUGUGUUUUGAGGCUUUCGUAUUGAGUCUUCAGUUUUUGAACGUUUCGGAAGUUGAACGGUCUUCUGGAAUGGAUGACAUUUGAAAACCAAGGUACCACUGUAUAUAUGUAUGUAAAAAAAUCAAAUUAAACACUUGUAGGAGCAGCACUCCACGAGACGAACUGGGAGAGGAAGAUCCCGUUGGCUGGUUUGAAAUGGAAGAGGAAUGGGAUGAAAUGGAAGUCAAAAUGCAGCAGUGCAGAAUUUCCAAGGUAAAACUUCAGCCCAGUUCCUCCAGCCAUGACCAUAUAGCGGGGGGGGGACCUUUUCCAGCCCUCGCAGGCCGCACUCCCUCAUGGCUAGUCUUCUGGUGGGCAGGGGGUGGAGUGAGCCCAUGCCGGUAUGUCUGACUCUGCAUAAUGGCAGCUGUCUACAUUCAUCUUGCAGUCCCAACUUUUGUAUCUUUUGACUUCGGACACAAGGUGCAUAGUCGCCAGGGCUGGCACUUUUAAUUAAAAAAAUAAAAUGAUUUGGUCAUGAUGUCCCUUCCCUGUUUUCAGUAUCUGAUGGUGAAGUUCUUGUGCACAAGGCAAGACAAAGCCGAGAGGCUCGGGGUGCAAGGCUUGAGCGUCUUCGGCUACCUUCGGUCCAUGUCUUCAGAGCCCAACAGAAGCAAGUGCUGCCUGGAGUGUGGCAAGCCCAGCGGUGACAUCGUUUGUGGGAUGACACUCCUGCUGAAGACUCUGUGCUUCAUCCAGCAGCUUGCACAGGAUUUGGUAGGUUUUACGCUGCCUGCUGCUGCCUCUUCUCUCCAUAGGCUGGACCGUAUUCUAAAGGCUAAAUUAGGUUAUUCUCUAGGGCAGGCGUGGCCAGCAGUGCUCAUAUAGAUGUCUGCCAUGAUGCCUGCAAGCAGUCUCCUUCCCCCACCAGAUAUGUGAAAAGCGAGGAAAAUACGGAGAACAUUUGGGAAUCUCCUCUUGAAGCAUUUCCAAUUCCCACCCCCCAGGCCUUCAAAUUUCUAUUCCCUCCCUCUGAAAUUAGGCUUGAGAGAAGUGUUCUCUCAUAGUCAGUAGAAUAGGCGUGUGUCUACACAUGCUGACCACAGCAGCCUCUCCAAGUUGCACUUGUGCUUGUUUGCCUCCCAAAAUUGGGGAUCUUUAGGGCAUCAGAAAGAUACCUGAUGCAAACUGAAAAUUAUCCUGCUUUUUCCCCCCAAGAAAGCUAAUCCAGUGCAGAUUUUUUUGGGAGGAAAUUCACAUUGUUGUUCCUUAUCCUCCAUGAAUUUAUUUCUUUUUCCAGCUUUAAAAAAUAUAAUUAUUUUAUUUCUAGGUUCAGAAGAAGGCAAGCGGUCUGCGCUACAGGUCAUACCUUGACUUUGCGGGCCUGGAUUUAAAGCUUUUCUGGAAUUUCUAUAGUAAACUUCACCAAAAGUAAGUCCCUCUCCCAUCAUUUACAACUAGUUGAAACUAAAUGAAGCUGGCUGAAUGCUGAGUCUUUGGUGCUGUGGCGUGUAUUGGUGAUGGGCAGAAGUUUCGGUCAUUGCCUGCCUGUGUGGCUUGUACAAACAAACUCAUUAUUCCAGGCCCUGGUGCUUAGCAUUAGGUCUCACCAGAUGCAUCCAUAUAGACACUAGCAGGCAUAUUGCUAGUUAUGGUGAAGGAACAGAGUACGGUGGUGCCCCGCAAGAUGAAUGCCUCGCAAGACGAAAAACUCACUAGACGAAAGAGUUUUCCGUUUUUUGAGUCGUUCCGCAAGACGAAUUUCCCUAUGGGCUUGCUUCGCAAGACGAAACGUCUUGCGAGUUCUGGCGAGUUUGUUUCCUUUUUCUUAAAGCCGCUAAGCCGUUAAUAGCCGCUAAGCCGCUAAGCCGCUAAUAGCCGUGCUUUGCAAGACAAAAAAACCGCAAGACGAAGAGACUCGCGGAACGGAUUAAUUUCGUCUUGCGAGGCACCACUGUAAUAGAGAGUAAUAAGUUACCAACAGACUCAAUGCUGCUGUUAAAUAGAAGCCUUGUAUGUACUGUAGUUUACACUGUACACAUGUACUGAUAUGAGUCUUAUGGAAACUGGCCAGUUCUGGGCACCGCAGCUGGAGUGUGUGCAGAGGAAGGAAGACCAAGAUGAUAAAGGGUCUGAAAAUUGGGCCUUAUGUGGAACAGUUGAGGGAGUUGUUUAGCCUGGAGAAUUGGGGACUUGAAAGAUGAUGUGAGAGCCAUCUUUAAAUACCUGAGAGGUUUUCACAUGGAAGAUGGAGCAAGCUUGUUUUCUCCUGCUCCAGAGGGGAAGACCUGAACCAAUGGGUUCAAAUGACAAGGAAGGGGAUUCCAACUAAACAUUUGGAGGAACUUUCGUAGAAUCGUAGAAUUGUGGAGCUGGAAGGAACUUCCUUGACAGUAAGAGCUGCUUGACAGAAAGUGGCACACUCUCUGUCGUUGGAGGUUUUUAAAUAAAUAAAUAUAAAAAAAUAAACCUCCCCGGCUGAGUCUGGGCUCAGGGCAGGUAACAUCAAAUAUACAGUAAAGGUGAAGGGACCCCUGACCAUUAGGUCCAGUCGUGGCCAACUCUGGGGUUGCAGUGCUCCUCUCGCUUUAUUGGCCGAGGGAGCCAGCAUACAGCUUCUGGGUCAUGUGGCCAGCAUGACUAAGCCGCUUCUGGCGAACCAGAGCAGCACACGGAAACACCGUUUAUCUUCCUGCCGGAGUGGUACCUAUUUAUCUACUUGCACUUUGAUGUGCUUUUGAACUGCUAGGUUGGCAGGAGCUGGGACCGAGCAACGGGAGCUCACCCCGUCACGGGGAUUUGAACCGCCAACCUUCUGAUCGGCAAGUCCUAGGCUCUGUGGUUUAACCCACAGCACCACCCGCGUCCCUUAACAUCAAAUAUAUAGCAUUGGUAUAAAAUCAAACAAUAAUUAAAUUACCUCCUAAAAACAAGUCAGGCUCAAGCAGAGUUUGGAUGGCCACCUGUAAGGGAUUCUUUAGCUGUGGCUCCUGCAUAGCAGAGGUUUGGAUUAGAUGGCCCUUGGGGUCCCAUCCAACUUUGCAGUUCUAGGAUUCUAUGUAUUGAGUGCAGGUGGGGAGCCUUUUGGUAGUCUUCUUUCAUCAAAGGAUUUAGUGAUAACACCUUCUGGAGGCAUUUGACUCUCUUAGCUAUGCAAUAUGGAGGCAUUUGUUCAGCUUUAAACAUCUUGAUGGACUCUUGGGAGAAGCUGUCCACAGUGAGAGUCCAAGCCGUGACUUUGCUGUCUGGGGGCUGAUGGGAGUCGUUCAAAACAUCUGAGACACGUCCACCCCAGCCUGGUUGGUGAAGUUUAGCGUAGAGCUUUCUUCUGCAAUCAUACCUCGGAUUACAGCCACUUCAGGUUACUUUUUUUCGGGCGGGUUGCGGACCGCCGAAACCCGGAAGUACCGGAACGGGUUACCUCCUGGUUUCGGCAGUCGUGCAUGCACAGAAGCGCUAAAUCGCAUUUUGCUCAUGCGUAGAAGCGCUGAAUCGCAACUCGCGCGUGCGCAGAUGCAGGUUGCGAAUGCUGUGGGUUGUGAACGUGCAUCCUGCACGGAUCACGUUCGCAACCCGAGCGUCUACUGUACCUUUCUUGCUCCUGCAUUGAAACCCACUUGUAGGAUGGGACGAGAAUCACAUUAUUUUGCCUGCCUCCAAUUGGUCGUUCAUGACAGUGUUGCACACGGGGUUAUGAAUGGAUUUUUACUACAUCAGGGUUGUGACCUUUCCUCCCACCCUAGCUCAAGAGAAGAGUGCAUUGAUGCCCAAGCCAUGUUGCUGCGGCUUCUCCAGAGCUGCUUUUCAGUGCUCACAUCGGAUAACAAAGCUGCAAAGACUCAGGAAGCUGCUCAGAGCAAAACGUCUGACAGCGCAGAAGCAGCAGAAGAACUCUACAAGCAUCUGUGUGAAGGUGAUCUCCUCACUUCAGCCCGCCACCCCGUUGCCUCAAAACCCAUCUUUUCCAUUAAUAAAGGGGGGGGGGUUAGCAUAGCCUGGUGGUAGAGCCCAGCCACUGUAAAGUGCUGUGUGGCAUUGGAAUUUCAUGCAAAAGCUUAGGAAUGCAGGUAAGGAAAUGAGAUUCAGGUUGCUCUUAGUUAAGCAGAAAUCUCUCUUUGCAUUUUUUUACGAGCAGUUGUAGACAGCGACAGCGAGUCCCCAUCACUGAAGACCUUGAAGCAGGAAGUGAAUAACACAUUGCUGAACGGAGCAGCCGUCUUUUUCCCCCACAGACACACCCGGCGGGAGCAGCUUUUUGCAAUGUUGGUAUGUUGUGGACAUAGAAAUCUUAGUACAGACCCUUAACUUUUGCUUCCUCUCUGCAAAACCCCUGUGGGCCACCUCUAGCAAGCUGACUACAUUUUUAUCCUCUCCACCCUGCAAGGAACUUAGUACAUCACCUCCCCAUUACUUUAUAUCCACACAACAAUCUUGUGAGGUAGGCUAGGCCCAGAGUGCAGCACCGCCAUUCAGAGCUCUGUCACCUGCAUAAUCUGCUAAGAAGUAAGUCCUGCAGGGUUUAGUGGCACUUGUUUCAGUGUUGUGCAUAUAGAAAUGUAGCCUUGGAGAGCAUCAUAGUUGGUUAGCAUUUGAACUCAGAUCUUCUCAGUUUACGUUGAACUCUCCGAUCACUUUCUGAUACAGGCUAUCAAAAUGUCAUGCUGCCACAAACCUUGCCCCACCCUUAACAUAUUUUACAUGAGGGGGAAAUGUGUGAGCUUUUUUUUUUAAAAUCAAGCUUUUUCUUUUUUCCAGAAAAACAUAACAGAGCAGGAACACAAGGCAUCUGUCCAUCUUACUUUCAAAUCCCUCUGUGCAUAUUUCAGGUAAGCAACUUUGGCUGCAAUCUGAUACGCGCUUACCUGGGAGUAAGUCCCACUCAGGUCUUUAGAAUCAAUCAACGCUUCAGAGAUUAUUGUAAAGUAACAGACAAAAAACCCCUUAGAAUUGAGACCAAAUGGCAUGGGAUAAAUUGAGAAUUUUGCCAGUACAGUGGUACCUUGGUUCCCGAAUGGCUCAGUGGUCGAACAAAUCGGAUCCCGAACACUGCAAACCCAGAAGUAAGUGUUUCAGUAUGCGAACGUUUUCCGGAAGCUGAACGUCCAACGCGGCUUCCACUUGAGUGCAGGAAGCUCCUACAGCCAAUCGGAAGCCGUGCUUUGGUUUUUGAACAGUUUCAGCAGUCGGAACGGGCUCCCGGAACGGAUUAAGUUCGAGAACCAAGGUACCACUGUACUCGUAUUAGCCAACAGAGUUAUUUGAUUUUAAGAAAACCAGCUUAAUAGUUGCAGGAUAGGGAAAAAAGAGACUGGGUGAUAUCCAGUAUCAUACUCAGAGGAGACUCACUGAAAUCAGUGGUUAAGUAACUGAAGUGAAUUUACUUAUUUUAGUACAUCAACUCUGAAUACCCCCGCCCCCAAUAGUUGUAUUUUAUUUUGAAAUUUCAAAUUCCACUGGUUAGAGUGUCAGAUUAUACGACCUGAGAGACCCAGGUCCAAGUCCCCCACCUGGCCAUGAAGCUCUCUGGGUGUGACCUUGGAGGACAUUCCCUGCCUCUCAGCCUAGCCUACCUCACAGGGUUGUUGUUGGGAUUAAAUGAGUGGAAGAACCAUGUACACCCCCUUGAGCUUCUUUUAAAAAAGGUGGGGAACAAGUUUAACAAAUGAAUAAUCAAACAAUAUAAGCAGUGUCCAUUUUAAAGAUCUGUUUCCUUGAGUAGUUUCUGGAGAAACAAGUUAGUUUUACUAAUACUGCAAUGUUCCAGUUUUCUUUUUAAAGAAGGAGAGUGGAAGCAGUUAACUUAAGGGGCACUAAUUGCGGUGGAUCUGUAGUGAGGAGAAGUUAGAAGGGUACGACCCCGAUAUCUGCAACCAUAAGGAGUGGGGGGUAGGGAGAUGACAUUUGCUCUGCUUGAAGGUUGGGAUAUUGAAGCGGAUGGAUUCUGCAGUCUGGAAUGGUUGCGUCUGGGGUGCCUUUAAGACCCAUGCUGUGAAAAUGUCUGUUCUUUGACAGUGACCAGGAUCCAGGUGGGCUCCUCUUGUUGCCAGACAAAGGACCUUCUGCAGAUGUUGAUGUGGAUAAAGUGCUUGCGGUGACAGAAACGCUCCUGGCAGUGACAUCGAGAGAGGUAGUGCUUCUGGUUGGUCUUUGGGGUAGUUCUUGCAUGUGGAACGGCUAAACUUUUAUUUAUCAGCAAAGUCCUCAGGACUGGAUAAAGUACAGCCAAGGGUCGUAGCUGAGCGGUAGAGCACCUGCCUUGCAUGCAGAACAUCCCUGAUUCAUUCCCCAGCAUCUCCAGGCAGAGUUGGGAAUCUCCCUUGCUAGUCAUUCUUGACAGUACAGUGGUACCUCAGGUUACAUACGCUUCAGAUUACAGACUCUUCUAACCCAGAAAUAAUGCUUCAGGUUAAGAACUUUGCUUCAGGAUAAGAACAGAAAUCGUUCUCCAGCAGCGCGGCAGCAGCAGGAGGCCCCAUUAGCUAAAGUGGUGCUUCAGGUUAAGGACAGUUUCAGGUUAAGAACGGACCUCCGGAACGAAUUAAGUACUUAACCCGAGGUACCACUGUACUGAGUGAGAUGGAUCAAUUUAGUAUUGAAUUGAAAUACUUUAUUGUCACUUGUACAACUUGUAUACAGUGAGAUUACAUGAGCACCCCCCACUCAGCUCUCCUAGUCUUAAUUCCCCUCGUUUACUGACGCACACCCACCAAACCCGAAAGUCAGUUGCCCUGUUGUUAUCUUUUCAUUCAGCAGCCUAACAGCCCAUGAAUAGAAGCUGUUCUUUACCCUGUUGGUGCGACUAAUCAUGCUUCUAUAUCUUCUGUCUGAGGGCAGGAGAUAAAGAAAGUGCCGGCCAGGGUGUGAAUCAUCCCUGAGAAUUUUCCUCACUCUCCUGAGGCAACGUUCUUCCGCUAUUUCAUCUAUUUACUAUUUCAUCUAUUCAUCUAUUUCAACUAUUUACCCAAGUUAUUGUUUGGGAUGCGGGUGGCGCUGUGGGUUAAACCUCAGUGCCUAGGACUUGCCGAUCGCAUGGUCGGCAGUUCGAAUCCCCGCGGCGGGGUGAGCUCCCGCCGUUCGGUCCCAGCUCCUGCCCACCUAGCAGUUCGAAAGCACCCUUAAGUGCAAGUAGAUAAAUAGGUACCGCUUUAUAGCGGGAAGGUAAACGGCGUUCCGUGUGCUGCUCUGGUGCCAGUUCGCCAGAGCAGCUUCGUCAUGCUGGCCACGUGACCCGGAAGUGUCUGCGGACAGCGCUGGCUCCCGGCCUCUAGAGUGAGAUGAGUGCACAACCCUAGAGUCUGUCAAGACUGGCCCGUACUGUCAGGGGUACCUUUACCUUUUUACCCAAGUUAUUGGGUAACUUCUUAAGUCUGUGAAUAUGUGGCUUUGCAUAAGCUGCACCUUGACACUUACAGCCUAAACAGCUGUUAAUGUUUUAUUAAGAUCAUUCCUCACGUGUUAAUUUAUUUUUUUUCUUAUCUGCGCCCCCACCCCGGCCAUAUCCAGUGUCUUCCUUUUGGUUUCUACCUAUUAUGGCAAUACACCACUGCUGUUCUUUUUCUUUAUAGACUGCCUUUCCCCAGCCAUAACAGCUACCAGGGCAGUUUGCUGACCACCCCUCGCCCCCAGUUUACAACAGUUUGGGCAAGCCCAAGUCUUAAAAGAAAAGAAAUCCAAAAACCAACAGGCAAACACCUAAGCAAAUAAUAGAAAAGCAGGGUAAUUAAAACAGUGUUUUAGAGAAGUGGGAAACCUUGGACCCGGGGACCAAAAUGCACCCUUCUCCCUGUCCCUGGCCACCAAGCCUCCUUAUCUAGCCUUUGGGACACUUCCCAAGGUCCACCACCUGCCUUGAGUGUUUGUGCCUGGCUGAAAUAUGUCUUUGAACUCUGAGAAUGCCUCUUGUUUGCCUGGUUGGAGGAUAGAGAGCAUUGAGGACAGAGACUUCUGUGUGUGUGGAAACCAGCCUACUGUGCAAAGGUAAAAAUGGUGUGGGUUGCUCUUACCCACCACUGACAUAUGCCCCCCCCAAAGGCUGCCCAGUCUGCAAAAGCUUAACCACCCUAUUUUAAGUCGCUCAAGGCCAGCAUUUCUGACAACGUGAAACUUUUUGCAUUCCGCAGUGCGAAAUGUUGAUGAUGGGCGUUGCCCAGCAAGACACGGGUCCUGUGCUCUCGUCCUUAUUCUGGUCUGUCCAGGGCAGCCUCCUUUCCUGGUGCUACUUGCAACUUAAGGGCAGUGAUCCAGCACCCAAGAGCCUUGCCGUAGAAAUCCUUACAAAAUGUAAGUAUCCGACCAGGAGCGGCCUCUUAACUUACCUUUUCUGUAAAAAAUCCCAAAUGUGCUGACGGGAAUUGUACUUCAAAACACCCGGAGAGCAACACGCUGGGGAAGGAUACUCCGCAUCGUUUAGUAAGCCAUCUUUUGCUCUUUCCUGUCUAGAUGUGCAGCAGUUCCUGCGGAGCGUCAGGACAAUUUUAGAGUCGCUCCUGUCCCAACACAGUGGGAGAACAAUAGUGGAAAAACUGAGCAACUCGGUCUUUUCCAUGGUAGCCCGCCAGCUGGUGAGUGAACUUAUGGGAUGCUUACGACAGCUGUGGGUGGGUUUUCUUGAUAUAUUUUAAAAAACAACCUGUAAUUCUAACAGGGCACCUUUUGUCCUUCCCCAGAUGACCUUCCUGCAGGACUUCUGCACUUUAGACAUUCCUCAUCGUACCCUCCUGCAGGAUGUCAGCAUUUUGACAAAGCUACUGAAUGACCUGUCUGCAGAGCCAGGAGAUGGCCCAAAUAAGGUAGCCUCGGGAAAGGUGCUGAUGCUUUCAGUGCACAAUAUGAACUCUGCUGUUAACCACGUCAAGUGCAUUUUCUGUGUAAAGUAGGAUAAGAAUGAAAUGAAAAUUAACUCUUCCUCUGUUAAGUCAUGCGAAAGAUGGGUGUUGAGAAAGGGGCCCAAGUUUGAGUAAUGCAAACACUUCUGUAGAGUCCUGGCGCAUGCAGAUACCAUGCCUAGAAAUAUCUAUCUAGGUAGGCCUUCCUAGUGCUACCAAGGGAUCCAGUCGUUCAGUGUUUUUCUUUUCUUUUCUUAAUUGACAUUAUUAACAGCCCCAAACUGCAGUAGGUAGAGUAUUAGAUCAUGCCAUAUACAAAGCAAACAAGCAGUGAACAAUGAGAAAGGGAAGUGGUAACACACCAGUACAAACCAAGACAUCCAUAUUUCCCAAGCCGGCGUGGGUAGUGAAUCUUGAGAAAUAAAACCCCAUGAGAUGGCAUAGUAAUAUUUUGGAUCCUCCUUCCCCCAGGAAACUCUUCAGUUUAUGUGCGUAAUUUUCCAUAGUUUCUUACACCCCACAGGCAAAUGCAGAUUAUUUUCAGUGUUCUUCCUUUCUAGGCUAUUGAAAUCCUAGCCAACAUCCAUGUCAAAAAUGCUUUAGAGAGACCAGUUUUCAUGUUGUCUGUUUACCUCUGGAUUAAGCUUCCAGAUGUGCACCAGACACCUGGUUAUUUCAGGACUUCCUUUUCCUGGAUUGGCAUCUGGGGAGCCGAAUCACCCUUGGCUCCUUUUAUAAUGGUUUAUUAUUAUUAUUAUUAUUAUUAUUAUUAUUAUUAUUGUCAUUAUUAUUAUUUGUGCCAGGUGGGCAUGGAGAGUUGGCAGCAGGAGCAGCCGGUGGUGCUGCGGACAUGGGCUGCAGAAUCCCCACAUAACUACGAAAACAACUGCCACGACGUCACCGUCUUCCUUUGUCCGGGGGCAACUUACUUCGAGGUGGAGUUUGACGAAAGAUGUGAAACAGAGCGGAGGUAACCUUGCAGCAGUUUUCAUCUUGGGUGUGACUUCCAUGUUAGCACCUCUCUUUUGGCCCCAUUGCUGAAGGCUCACUCAUACAUCUGUUAGCCCAGCCCCUUGCAUUCCUGGGAAGGUCUAGCUAGGCAGGGGCACUCCCUCAAUGCCACACCUUCAGGAUUAUUCUGCACGUCUCUUCAGUGCCUAGCUGUGCAUCUGAGCUGUCCCAGUUAGGCCCCCAAAGCUUGCCAGAACUCACCAGUUAGAGAAAUUCUGUUCUUUUAAUGCUGCACAAACACAUCUUCAUAGGUACGAUUACCUGGAAUUUACUGACGCCAAAGGUGGAAAAACUCGCUACGAUACCAAAGUUGGCACAGACAAGUGGCCCAAGGUGAGUGGCUUCCAAAUACUGAGAGCGAGCAAGACUUCUGUGUCACGCAAAAACCCACCGCGGUGGCACCACAUUCAGUUGUUCCUGGCUUUUCUUGCAACUGCACUGGGAGGUUCUUUAUGGAGAACCACAUACCUUGUUAUUUAAGAGAGAUGAAGAACAUUGCCUUUUGGGGACAGCAUUAAAUCUUGCUUCACAACAUGCUCCUAAAGCAGGGGUGGCCAAUGUGUGACCCAACUAGAUCAGCAAUUGCCAAAUUCUUCUUUUUUUGUCAACCCCGACUUGGUUCCAUAAACUCAUCCCUUGUGCAACCCACCCCCACAUCGGUUUGCAUGAUAAUAACACAAUCAAAUUCAACAGAGUAACAAGUACUUGCACAUUUAUUCAAACUAUUUAGUUUAAUUAAGUCAACAAAAUGGAUGAACUUGAGCCAGAGAAACUAGCUUUUCAAAGACUGAUAGCUAUUUGCACCUGCACCACCAUCCUGCCACCUUCUUGCCUCUUAGCGCGCCCCCCCCGGCAAUCCCCCCCCUUGGCUAGGAUACCACCACUGCUCUAAAUGUUGCUGGACUGCAACUCCCAUCAGCUCCCGCCAGCAUUGUCAGUGAAUGAUAGGAAUUGUAGUCCUCCAAUGUCAGGAGAGCCACAAGUUGGUCAUCCCUGUACUGAAGACUUGUAUGAACUCACAAUUGCAAGAAAGUAUUUCCUAUCGCUUGAAGGGGGUUAAAGCCUUCAUUCCAGCUGGGCAGUGUCAUUUUCCUGACAGGCAGGGCUACACAGGUUUCUGAACUGAAGUUUCACUAUCCGAUGGUAUUUGCUUUAUCCAUUCCUUAGAAUCAAACACACUGCCAGGCUUUUUGCAAAACUCUUGAAAUAGGAAGUUUUGCAUUGCAUCCUUCCGUCAAAACUUCCCAAGGUUUCUUUCACCUAAUAAAAAGACGCUGCAUUUCAUUUGGCUGGGGAGGUGUGUUGUGUGUGGGUGUGUGUAAGAGCUGCGAGCACGAUGGAGGAAUGUUGGGUUAUCAUUCAUAGCCCUGCUGUGACUUCCUGUCAUGUGACACUUGGCAAAAACCUCACCUGUUUUGUUGCUCUGUAGAAAGUGACCUUUAAGGCUGGCCCUCGGCUGCAGUUUCUCUUUCACUCCGACAGCAGUAAUAACGAGUGGGGCUACAAAUUCUCCGUCACUGCAUAUGGCUUGCCAGAUGUGGAAGUUUCGUGGGGCCUGGACCUGCAUCUUCUUGUGGCCAGGCUCAUGGGGCGCCUGGCUUCUCAGAGCAUGGUGCUGAAAUCCCAACGAGGUGCGUUGAGUUCAAGCAUUACUUGAAAUGUGUUCAGGGUGUGGAGCUGUGGCGAGGAUCCUUUAUGAGUUGCAAGGAAGGGGAAGGAGGGGUUUGUUUUGCUGUAAACUGAGUCAACAUAGUUGUCUUCAGUCUCCAAUGCUUUCCUGGUGAUUUAUUUGUUCAUUAGGUUUACGUACGUACCAUUCUUAACUUCAAAAAGCUCAGAGCAAUUCACAGUUGUUCUUCCUCUAGCCACCGCACUGAGUAGCAUGUGAAACUUUGAUAUUGGAACCCCAGGUUUAGAUGACUUUUGACUGAAUCGCUUUAGCCAAUUUUACUUUCCUUCGUCUGGCUACCUGCACAGUAAAAUAAAUAAGUGUGUACCCUGUUUCUCCCCUUCCCCUAAUAAUUGAAGGUGACAUUUAAAAACGUGUGAUCUAAAACAACCAAAAGCAAGAACAUUAUAUGCAUAUUUUGAGCCCUAGAAAGAGUGCCUACAUCAUAUUGUAAAAUCCACAAGGCUGGCUUCUGUAUUUUAUUUCCUUUUCACUUUCCAUUGAUUUAAAGGUUAUGAGGCUAGAAAUUUAAGAUGCUUAAUAUAACAGAUGUAUAGCCUUUACUUUUCUAAUAUCACUGCCUUUCUUUUUUCCUUCCCCAGAGGCAGGAAAUGAAAUAGAAUUGUCUCCUGCAAAAGUGGUGUCUGUUCUUAACUCUCCUCUGUGGAAGCCGGUCUUCAGGCAUCAGAUGCGUUCUGAGCAAAAGCUGGGAGCUAGAGAGCGUAGCCAAACGCCGCAGGAAGAUAAAGAGGUAUUUCAGCCAACUUCCUAAAUCUAGUCGCACUAAUGCAUGGAACACUUCAGCCCUUCUGCUUCUCUUCAAUGCUUCCUCAGCUGAUAUUGUACAGUAGUCAGAUGACCGCCUCCAGGUGUUACCCCAACACAGGUAGCUAUGACCAGAGAUCACAGUGGAAGAGUGACCAGGGCUAAGGAUGGGAUGGGGCAGAAACAUGAUGAGGAUAUAUUUCAUUUGAUCUCUGGUCACCAAGCAGGUUUUUUGCUGGCACAACGGUUGUUGGGCUACUGUGUGGUAACUGCAGGAGAUUUUAGUGUAGCUGUAGAGGAGGGCAUCUUGAGUAGCCUGCUCCUUUUUUUAUCUUAUUCUAUUUAUUUAACAAUUUAUUUCCUGUUUGCAUAUAAUAAAACCUCUAAGUGGUAUGCACCAAAUAUUAAUAUUAACAGUAAAGACAAAUCAAACAUACUGAAAUAAUUAUAAUUAACAGGGUUGGUAUUUUUUUUUAAAGAUUAAAACAUAUCAACAAUCUACAUGUCUGGGUACGCUUGCCUAAACUAAAAUGUUUUCAGCAGGUACCAAAAAGAGUACAGUGAAGGCACCUGCCUGAUGUCCAUAGGCAGAGAGUUCCGAAGUGUGGGUGUUGCCACAAUAAAAGAUCGAUUUCUCACCACUGUGAAAUGAGUUUUGGCACCUUUAACAGUGCCACUUCCACAGAUCAAAGUGAUUGGUUAAGCAUACAUGGUGUGAGUAAAAUGGUCCCAAGCCGUUAAGGGCUUUAUAUACCAAUAGUAACAUCUCGAAAGUGGCCCAAUAAGAAAUCAGGAACCAGUACAGACCUCUGAGCUGAGGAGUUGCAUGCUGACAGGGUCCUGCUCCUAUAAUCAACUGUGCUGCAGCAUUCUACAUCAACUGCAGUUUCCAGGUCAUACAAGGGAAGCUGCACAAUAGAGUACUUUGCAGGAAUCCAGUCUUGAAGCUACCAGUGCCUGAACUACCAUGGUCAAGCCCUCCUGGCGCAGGAAUGGUAAAAGCUGUUGUACCGAGUACAGCUAGUAAAAGGUGCUUCAAGCCACUGAGACUCCCUGGGCCUCCAGCGACAAAGCUGGAUCCAGAAGCAACUGAUUGCACACCUGAUCCUUUAGGGAUCUGUUUCUUUCGAUUAAAGCGGAAAGCUAAAUCAUAGUUUGGCAUUACUGAGAGCAGCCCUAGCUUUUCUCCAGGCUCACAUCUUAUCUUGCUUCUCCUCUAGUCCAACUGUGACGACUUUAGUGUGGGGGAAGUCAGGAGAUUCCCUUACUGUGGGUCAAUAAUAAAAAGAUGAAGAAUUCAAUAACGUUUAUUGAUUGCACGUGCAAGGUAGAACCCCCUAUGUGGAAGUCUCUACCAAGGAAUUAAACACAGUGUACACAUAGGUAUAGAAGUGUAAAACAAUCAAACCCUUCCCUUCAUUACAUUAGUUUAUUUGGUCAUAAAGCAUCAUUAAAGCAACACUAUUUGACAUGUGCAGUUAGACCCCUUUGUUGUCGCCUUAUUUCACACCAUCAGCUUUGCUGCACAACUGCUUAAUCUUCAUUUCUCUUUGAAGCUCCUACAGCAUGAUUUGUUGCAUUUUCCAAGAUUCUCGAUGUCUCCAAAUGUUUUCUUACCUGUAACAUAGCUUGAUUACUCCCUUCCAGUCACAUCAAAUAUGGCCUUCCUUUCUUUCUACUUAGCAGUUUCUCUUCAGUACAACUUAACUGAACGAUUUAACUACACCCGGAAGCUUCUGAUUAACCACAACUUGUUUUGUCAUCAAUCCCAGACAAAAUGUGGUUAAUCUUAACUAUGGUUAGUAGAAGCAAAGCCACCUUCAAACAGUUUAAUCAAAGUUGGGUUGUUCUCACUAAUCACAGUUUAGGGUUCAGAUGACACACUAAACUAUGGUUAAUAUAAAAUGGAAGCAGAAAAUUCUUGUCCCUUUGUGACUAUGUCAGAGAGGAAAGGGAGAAAGUGUGUGAGCCCAGGGACAGGGCAGACAAGGCUCAUUCUUGUAACACUAAACCAGAGUGUACUGUUACCAGCUAAAUCUCUUCUAAUCUUCUUUUCAGGCCACAAACUCUCAUGCCAACAACUGUCAUAGUUUUCUCCUUGACUUCGCAAAGUCAGACUCUGCCCAGGAGUUCUGUGGGCCAAAUUCUGAGCUUUUCAAAGGACUCGUACAGGCAUGUAAAAAACAGGCCCCAAAGACUGAUAUAGUUGCUGGUUCCACUAUUGAUCAAGCUGUCCAGUCUACAUUUGCUGCUCUGGUCUAUCUCUCUCCAGAUUUGUAUGGGAAGCUUCAGAAAUAUGGUAACUCCUACCUUAGUGAACAUACAUUCACAGUGAAGACGACUGCUCAUAUUUACAUGAUUCAGUUGUAAAAGUGUGGCUUGUCCAUUCUUUCUAAAUAAUAUUUACAACUUUGCUAGCAUCAAUUUUAUGUACAUGUGAAAAACCUACAGCCCCUUAGUUUGAACAACACACAUGGAAAAAAUCAGGGCGAGUUGAGUUUCCCUUUGUGUGUUCCAGAGGCCUGACUGACCUCCGCUGAAAGUUGGGCAUUUAGUGUCACUGGCCCCGUGAUGUGGGGCAGGCACCCUUGCUUUUGACUUUCAGGCAUCUCUCAGAGAUCUCUUUAUCCUGCCAGGCCUUUGCAGCUGUUUAAAUUGAUUAGCCAGUCAAUUGAAUAAUCAUUUGUAUUGCCCUAAAUGGUGUUUUAGUUGUACACCACCCUGAUAUUUUAUGACAUUGUCUCUAUGGAAGUAUUUUUAUACAAAAGUGAGCCUAGAGUGCCAUUUUAUACAAGCAGCAGAAACAAGUGGCAAACCACUCCAUGCUAUAUGGUAGGUGGGGACCAAUGUCCCCUGUGUAUAGAGAAAUGUUUCAGAGAGCUAUUCUCUUUGUCAAAGUUUCUGUGAGCUGGGCAGAUUGUUUCCCACUCCACCCUUACCCUCUGCAGCUAUGCAGUCAUCAAACAUUUGAUCUUCCACCUGCAGGCUGAAGUUGAUCCAGUCCAGGGAGAUUUUUGGCCCUCAGUUCCAUUGUUCGUAUAAACUGGCCCUAAGACAACCACGUUUCUUUUAUUGAUUUGAGGUGGUGGCAGAGGUCCACUGUGGCCUCCGCAGUUCUUUUGUUACACCUUCAAGAUGGCUUAGAAGUCUCUUCUUUUCUUCCUUUCACUACAGUCAACAGUGGAGGCAAAACUCCUUUGGGCGAAGAGUUUGCACAAGUAUAUUCCCUGGCCGACGGGAUCAGAAUAUGGAUGGUAAGAUUUCCUCUCUUUACCCUGGGGCCCAGAAAAUGGCUGCUAUACAAUUUCCCCCAUUUGUUCCUCAUUUCCUGAGUCAAUCUCAGCAUUUCUGUGCAGAGAAAUUCCUCUAAAAGAUUAUUUUAAGCACCUGAGUUCAUUUAAGUAGCAUCAAAUGUGCUGUCCCCCCUACCCCCUCCAUCCACCAGGGACACCUUGGCAAAUUUUGAAAGUACUUUAAACUCUUUUAAAAAUAUGUGUAUUUCUACAGCUAGAAAUGAAACAGAAGUUCCUCGUGAACCAGGGAAAUGAUGGGGAGGAGAAGCAGGCUGCUGAGGUGAGCGAGGUGAACCCGGAGACCCUUGGUAAGUGUCAUUGUGCUUCUGCCUCUCUUCGCUCCUCUUGCUUUUCCCAUGGGUGGCAGACAGCCACAUCGAUCAAUAUCACCCCCUGGCAUCCGAGGCAGGAAGUGCUCACACUACAUUGGCUCCCAGUACGUUUCCGAGCACAAUUCAAAGUGUUGGUGUUGACCUUUAAAGCCCUAAACGGCCUCGGCCCAGUAUACCUGAAGGAGCAUCUCCACCCCCAUCGUUCUGCCCGGAUGCUGAGGUCCAGUGCCAAGAGCCUUCUGGCGGUUCCCUCAUUGCGAGAAGGAAAGCUACAGGGAACCAGGCAGAGGGCCUUCUCGGUAGUGGCGCCCGCCCUGUGGAACGCCCUCCCAUGAGAUGUCAAAGAGAUAAACCUCAAAUCAAUAAAAGAAACGUGGUUGUCUUAGGGCCAGUUAUACGAACAAUGGAACUGAGGGCCAAAAAACUACCUGACAUUCAGAAGACAUCUUAAGGCAGCCUUGUUCAGGGAAGUUUUUAAUGUGUGAUAUCUUAGUGUAUUUUUGGUCUUUGUGGAAGCCGCCCAGAGUGGCUGGGGAAACCCAGCCAGAUGGGCAGGGUACAAAUAAUAAAUUAUUAUUAUUAUUAUUACAGCGAGAGCUGUAAGGUAGGCCAUGCACUUAUAAAAUACUUAACAUUUCAUCUGUUGAUACGAGAUGCACAGAGCAGGAGGAGCCCAGUUGCGCCGCUCUCAUGAUGCGCUUGUUGCCUUUCUAUUGCAGCGCAACAGUGCAUCCAGAAAAGUCACCUCUUGCUCAGUUUUCUGCCUGCACGGACCAAGGCAGAAGGCCACGACUCGGAUCACGCAGAGGACUAUGGGCGAUGCCACAGAGACAGACGUCGGAGGACGAGCUCUGUCGUCGAAGCGGAUUUCCAAGCAUCAGAUUCUUCCCCCGUCUCUGGAGUGACUGGUUUUGUUUUCCCAGAGGCAGGUCAGGCCACAGCCUCCAGCUCAAAGAGGAAGCAGGUGCCAGACUCGCCGCAGACAGAAGUGUCUCCUGCGUCCCAAAGCAAAUCCCUUGAGAGUAACUUGUCAGAGCAAGAAGACGCCUUGUCCCCUCCCUCCACUCCCACUCGGAAGCCUCCAUUCAGCCGCGGGAGGCUCCGGCUCCUCUCCUUCCGCUCCAUGGAGGAGUCCAAGCCUGUGCCCAGCAUUAAGGAGAAAUACCCCAUCCUGAAACACACCUUGGACUUCAUUAAGGACCAAUCUCUUUCUCAUGAAAGGUGAGCCAGAUCCACCGGUAAAACUCAGGGUAAAAGAAAAACCAUAAAAUAGAGGCUCCAGAAAAACCUCAAGGGGCGUUUGAGAUUUGCUUGUUUGGCUCCUACCUCUUGGCCUGUGGUGCUUAUUGCUGAACAAUAGGAUACUGUGAGAGCAUAAGAAGAGCCCGGCUUGAUCAGUCCAAUGGCCAAUCUAGUUGAGCAUCCUGUUCUCACAGUGGCCAAUCAGAUACGAGGAACCGCAGUAUGGCCCAAGGUGUGUUUUGCCUCAGAAUAUGUGCUCAGCAGUGAAUGUUUUGUGAGAAGUAUUUGUUUUUGGUUCUAACACUUUACGUAAACUGCCCAGGGGUUACGUAUAUUAAGCAGUACAAAAAAGUAUAGAAAUGUAUUCUUGAGUUUAGAAUUCCAUCCCGGUGGGCGAGUGUACGUGACAGCGUUUCUUGCUUUUGUGUAUAUAUCAGGAAACCCUGUUAUACGAUAUAUACGAUAUACAAUAUCUUUAUUGUCAUUGUCCCAUGCAGAACAAUGAAAUUGAAAAACUACAUAAAACUACUACAAAACUACAUAAAACUACUACUACAUAAAACUACUACUACACUACAUAAAACAUUCAAAAACCCCUAAAAACUCUGAAACCCCAUUUUAAAAUACACUAUACUAUAGAGAUCCCUUAUGCUGCGUUUAGAACCAGAUUUGCAUUUGCGUAGAAACGGUUUCUCAGGCGGCUAGUCCUGGCCUUUAUAACCCUAUACCUUCUUCCAGAAGGCAGAAGCUGAAAGAGAUAAUUUGUUAUAACAAACCAUAAAGCCAUGUAGCGUGUUGUCAUCGCGUUGCUGCCACAUUUUGUCCUGCUCGAUAAAUACCCACCACUUGCCACUUUGUCAGGCUUCUUGACAUCACCAGUUCUCUGUUGACGGAGAAGCUCAUUGGUGUGGGUUAAUGCACCGUCCCCUUGUGCCAAUGCAGGAAAAGGUUUAAUAGGAAAGUGUGUGUGUUUCUCCUAGCGUUCUGAAAGUCCUUGCUUUGAGGAAAGCUCAAGCCAAAAGCAUCUUGGAAGUGCUGAAGAUGAUCCUCCAGUGCCUAGAAUCCCUCAGCCAGCCUCACUGCUUCACCCCACCUUGCAUCAUCUUCCUGCUGGAACUCCUGGCUUGCCAAAAAGACUUCACAAAGUAAGACAUGUGGGAAGCUGCACUUCAGGCAUAGGCAGUUGUUCAUUUUUAGCUCAGGUUAGCAGAGAGCGGAAUGCGUCCAAUCAAGCCAUUGGUCCAUCAUUCUUAGUAUGGCCUACACCUUUGGUGGGGGUACCCGAGGCCAGCAUAUUUAAUUAUUAUUAUUAUUUUUUAAUACAGAUAACCUGUCAUACACUUAGCACGGUCAUAUUUUAAUGGAUGAUCUUGGGAAUAGGUCAAGUUAUGUAUUCCCCCACCCACAUUCAAUCCUUUGUUUUGUUUCUUCUCUUCUCUCCCCUCUGGUGUCAGUGCAAUGGUAGAUUGAAGUAGGUAUUGUUCUUGGGACGUAUUACACAAUGGCAGGCCUAUGAAAUGCAAUUCAAAAGCCUAUAUAUCUUCUUUUCCAGCUAUUUUGCACACUUGGAAGGCUGUGGGACUGAGCUGCAUCGGGAAAUACGGGAAUCUUACUACCAGCUUCUUCUCUUUUUGGUCAACGCUCUGAAAGGAUUUAACGACCUUGAUGAGAAGUAUGGACCUCCCUCUUUCUUUCUUUCUUUCUUUGUCUUAAAGCAUACAAGAUCCUUUAUUUUUUUUGUAAGACUCCUUUACUCCAACCACCAUGGUAAUUGUCCCUGGUGUUGUGUGAAGAGUACAUCCUAUUGUCUGCCCAUAACUUACUAUCAAUCAAUUUUAUUGCAUCACUCUGAGUAUCAUUUAUUACUUCUUAUGGUAUUUAUAUCCUGCCUUUCUCCCAAGUUGGGACUCAAGGCAGCUCAAAGCCAUUAAAAACUUUAUAAAACACAAAGUUACAAAAGCAAACUAAUAAAACACAUUUAAAACCAGCAAUUUAAAUGCAGUUUGCCCUGACAGCAGACCAGUGGUCAGUCUUCGUCUGCACCUUAGUAUUAGGCCUGUCUGAAGAGGAAGGUCUUGCUUAGCCUGCUGGCAGAAGGAUAACAAGGGGAAGGAGGAGUCAGUUUGAUGUCUCUUGGGAAGGAAUUCCACAUUAGGGGAGCAGCCACAGGAAAGGCUCUGUAUUAUGAACAAGGGAGAAAAAUCAGGUUGUUUCCAAUGUUGCUUCCCUCCACACUAUGUGCAAAUUCCAUCAUGUUGUCUCCUUUGGUCAUAGCCCCCUUUAUCCCCAAAAGGAAAUUAAGGCCAUUUGUCCCUUCUCCUUCGCUUUUGCCACCUGCAACCUUGCAGCUCCUCUGUGUUUUAAUUGCGCUGCCCUGGUUUGUCUUCCCUGUUCGUUUAGAUCGUUGCUCCCUGCCUUGUCCUGCGUGCAGACGUCUCUCCUUCACCUCUUGGACAUGGGUUGGGAGCCAAGUGACCUUUCCUUCUUUGUUGAUAUACAGCUGCCACACCUCCUUAUCAACAUGUCACGAGAGAACAUAAGUACACAUGACAGCAUAGUUUGGUAAGUUGGGACAAGUACCUGGGUUUGUUUUGCUUUGACACUCCUAUCGGUGCCGCAACAAAAUGACUAGCACAUUUGCAAAGCUAAGCAGGGUCUGGUAUGGUUACAAAUUGGAUGGGAGACCGCCUGUUGAGAUUCCUGCAGUGCAGGGGGUUGGACUACGUCGCCCUUGGGAUCCUUUCCAAGUCUGAUUCUUUGAAAGUCUGAAAUAAUUUUGGCUGGGACGUUGCUUGUGCAUUUGUAGGAAUUGCCCAGAACUGCCUCGAGGGGAUCUUUGCUGAAAGGUGGGAUAGAAAUCUGACGAGUGAAUAAAUAAUGCAAAAUAAAUAUAUUUCCUAAAGCAGUUACUGUUUCUUACAAGAGCUGGCUUUCUCUAAAAAAAUACAGAUGCCUUGUUUUUCUUUUUUCCCUUAGUGGGGGAGCCUAGUGUUUGAAGUGUUUUGAGACUGAGAUGUUUGUUAUUUGCAUUAAUAUAUCAACUGCCUGCAUUGCAGGAUUCCACAUUUGUUCCUAUGGCUGGUAGGGGUUGUGAGUUUCUGGUAGGGCUAGGCAUUUGAGUAGCCCACUUUUUAAAACUUGGUUUAUUAAUGGCAUUUGUAUGCUGUUCCAGCGCAGCAUAAAGUUCUCUUUGUGGUUUAACAGGAAAUAAUUCUAAAUACAUUGGAAAUGCAAAUUAGGUCAUAAAACCAUGAAAUCAAAACCUGCAUCCUUGCUCCUCCAAAGUUAGAACACAGAUUUAAACACAUAGAAGGUCAUGCUGCACCAGCUAUUUAAAAGACCUGGGUGUUGCUGGAAAUAAGCUGGCAUUGGGCAAACCUCCCUGGGGAGGCUGUUCCAUAACCAUGGUGCUAGCACCGAAAAACCCCCUCUUACUGGCCUCAGAUAAUUCAAUGGGGGACACUUAGAGCAGGCACGGAGAUUCUUCGGAAGAAGACCAAAUUAUUUUUAAAGCAUUAAUUUUAAUAGGCAUCCUAAAGAGGGUUAAAUUGAUAGGUUUAGUGCUUGUGCUAAUUAUGAAAACAAACGGGAGUACACCAAGUUUUUCUGUGCCACCCAUUAACAAAUGUGCUCAUGUGAAAGUGUGAAAAACAGUUGACUUGAGUUUUAAAAAAUAGAAUAUAGAGAUUAAACAUUAAAUAGCAAAACAACAACAGAAAACAGUUUUUAGAAGUGCUGGAAUGUGGGGAAAUGAAAAGCUCUUCCCUUGGUGCUGAAAGGUUGACAGCAGAGCACUAAGUGGGCCUGUCUGGUGAGGGCAUCCCACAAACCAGGGCAUUACCACUGAAAGGACUUCCUCAGUGGUGCAGUGUUCUCAGGGCCCUUCCAUUCUCCCUAAGUUGCAGGAUCUUGUCCCUGACCACGCAUUGGCCUAUGCUUGUUGCGUUUCUGAGAUGGAGACCCUCAAAAGAGCAGCGGGACUGUAGAAGAGAUGUCCCUGCCCCACCCCCUCCAAGCUUCCAGGCUUGCCACAUUCUCCAGAUUGAAGGGGCAGGGGCAAUCCUGUGCAUUAAUGAAAUUAACUUGCAUAAUUGUGCUUUGACUCACUGAACAAUUCUUCUCUUCGGCUCUUAAUCUGGAACACCAGGGUCAGGCUGCAGUUAAGAUAUUGGAAGCAUAUUAACCUGAGGCCUCUUUCUACUUGAAUCAAAUGACUUUUAAUCCAUUAAACAUUGCAGCCCCUCUUCCCCCAUUGUUUUGGUCUUGCCGUUCUAAGUAGAAAGCAUUUAAUUUUGUGCCUUUGUUCCUAGCCAGUGGAGCGAGGAAGAGGAACUCGCAGACUACAAGCAGAACUCCGAGUGGAUGGACGAGUGUCAAGAAGGAGUCUUUGAAAGCUGGUGCGACAAGAUAAGCCAGGCUGAUCCAGAGAAGCAGAGGAAGGUCAUUAGAAUGAAAACUUUUUGUCUGGAUUUGGUGGAAGGGCUCAAGAGUUAGAGCAGAUGGAGGCAGAGCUGGUGGAGUGGGCAGGCAUGGAUGGGCAUAUUGUAGCUGGCAGGGGUUGGGGCGGCACGUACGAGAGGCCCAAGGACCCUACUCCGAGAACUGGAGAUGACAUUGUGGGAUGGGGUAAAGGGAGGAUGUAUCCUGAACACAAGAAGGCAGAUGGUUGACAUUGGCUUUGGAAGAUGCUCCUUCAAACUUGCUGAGCUAUGAAGCUCCCAGUGGCCCUGGAAGCGUGCAAUCUUUCUCCCCCACCAUUUGGGAUUUGGAAGGCAUUUUUAUGUUUCAUUUUCCCACUGCUUUUUAGCUAGCUGUCAAUUUUUGAUUUGCCUUCUAUUUUAUCUAUGUAUUUAAAUAUUUAUAAGAUGCCUUUUGGGGUCAAAUCCACCCAAGCCAGCAAAUUAAAAACAACCAUAUAUCAACAUUAGUAUAUCAUUAUCAUUGUGAAACUCUAAAAAUGGGGGCCGGGGGGCAGGGCUGAGGAGAAUCCUGGAAAUGCAUUAAAAUAUAUAUUCAGCUGGUUUAAAACCCUUUUGCAGAGCUACUUUAAUGAACCAGCAGCAUGACUAAAAAACACAUUUUAGUCAUUGGCUGAAAACACUGAUAGGCGGAUGGAGUUGGGAACUCAGAAUGUGCAUGCUAGGUACUUCUAAGUUCCAAAAUAUUGCUCACAGGAUAGCUUUGAAUCUGGGGGUACAGGGAGUGUGUAACCAGCUUUGUUUGUAGCUGGAAGAGUUGUAUAUGCUCAUGAUACUACUUCAGAAUAUUACUGUAGGCUGCACCUGAAUUGGCUCUUAGAAGCAGAAGCCUCCUUGGGGCUGAAACCAAGUUCUCUCUUGGCAUUAAUUGAGAGUGUGGUUUGUGCAGAGAGAGAGAGAGAGAGGGAGAGAGAGAGAGAGAGAGAGAGAGAGAGCAAAACUCCGAGAAGCAAUUCUGCAUCCAUCUGCUUUCUUUCCAAAGCCCUCCAGGCUUCGCAAAACUCAUGUUCUUCCCACCUGAUGUUUCCCUGUGAUGGGCUUUCUUCCCAGUUCCUGCUCCAUUAUCUAGAGCAGGCAUGUCCAACUCCCAAGAGACAGCGAUCUACUCCCACUAUAAAAUAACUGGCAGUGAUCUAACCAUUGGAUUUUUGGGGAGGAAGACCCAAAGUUGUUGCGCUUUUUUGGGCGAGGAAGACCCAAAGUUUUUUUAGCUUUUUUGGGGGGGGGGAACGAUCGACCAAGGGCGCCCCGCGAUCGAGCUGUUAGACAUGCCUGAUCUAGAGGCAUUGUAGCUUGCAUGGAAUUAAUUUUCUUGUAUAUUCUGAUGUGGACUGACCUGAUGCUGCACCUCCUGAAGUUAAUUGUGGCUUGGAACACAGUUACCUCUCGGGUUUUGCACUUUUCUGGAUUUUGCAGUACUGUUCAAAGCUCAAAGAACAAAGCAAAAUGCCCAUUAAAAAUACGCAUUUAAGAAUAACUCUACAAUUCAGCAAUUUCUAUCAGAAAUAUAUUGAUCUGCCCAUGCUACAGAUGUUGGCUCUUGAGUUGGACCUGCAGUGGGCAGAGCCAAGAUGGUGGCAUUUUAUGGUUUAAAGUUUUCUGCAAAGCAAGCCCAUGAAAAGCGUUUCCAUGUCUCGUUCCAGAUGCAUAUGUUCAUUGCCCGCUACUGCGACCUGUUACACGUGGACAUAUCCUGUGACGGGUGCGAUGAGAUCGCUCCUUGGCAUCGUUACCGCUGCUUGCAGUGCAACGACAUGGAUCUUUGCAAAACGUGCUUUUUGGGUAAGCCGGUUAGCCAGAAAUGGCAUCGUUUCUUCUUCAAAGGGGGGUGCUGAGUUUUCGGUAGUUUAACAACUUUCUUUUCCUUUUUUAAAAAAAGAGUAGACAUCCAAGGAGAUCCUUUUGCAUUAACUUAAAAAAGAAAAAAUGACACCAGUUUUCUGAAUUUUGAAACAGGCAAUAUUGUCCACACAAGAAAAAGGAGGAGUAGGGUGUAAAACAUGGAAAUACUAUAAUUUGCAGGUAGUGGUAUGUAUGUGUAUAGAUGGACUGAUGUUAUGUGGAUUCCCAGCACAUUCAUCAACUACUACUGGCCUGUUUUCCCAGCAGAGAAGAGGGACUUCAAGUUAUCUACUCCCUUCCUUUCCCUUCACUCUCUCCUCUUUCUAUUUCUGGGGGCAAGAAUGGGGAACCUGCAGCUCUCUAGCUAUUCUCUAAACUCCCAACUCGCAUCAACCCAAGCUUAUUUGUGUUUUUGGGCAGUGAUAAGGAAGCUGUGGCCCUCCAUGUUGCUGGACUACAACUCCCAUCAUCCCUGACCCUUGGCCAUACAGGCUGGGGCUGAUGGGAGCUGCAUUCUAGCGAUAUCUGGAGGGCCACCGGCUCCCCAUUUCUCUGCUUCAGGGGGACCCGGAAGUGUCAAAGACAGGCUUUGAACUGGAGCUUUGGCCUCUCCAGGUCAUGAUACUUAAAUGGAACCUCCAUGGCCCAAAGCAGUAAACUUCAGAAUACCAGACGCAGUGGGGAAGAAGUGCUGCUUUUUUGUCUCUCACAAGUUUCCUGGAGACACCCAACAGGCUGCUGAUGGAACCUAAAUGUGUCUUUGUCACAUCCAGCAGGGCAUUUUCCAUGCAAGCAAAACAUCUCAUUUUUUUUGCCAUUCAAACGUCCUACCAGCAAGGACUCUGAACCUUCUGGCUUUUUACCCAUGCAAAGACACUGAGUGUGCACCCCAAAGGGUUAUUUUUAACCCUGUUUAAGAAAGAGAAAUCGGAACAUAUCAGCCUUUGCCAACCUGGUGCCCUCCAGAUUUUUACCACUACAGCUUACACCCCUGUGCUGGCUGAGGCUGAUGGGAGCUGUAGUCCAAAACAUCUGGAAGGUACUAGGCAGCAAAGGUUUAGGAAACAGCUUUAUUCAACAGUUCUGCUGCAAGAGUGGUGUAGAGAUUGAACGAACGGUGGCUGCUUUGAACACCCGUUGCUGUCGCUUUGCAUUCCAUGUAGGCGGAGUGAGACCCGAAGGCCAUGAGGCAAACCAUGACAUGGUCAACAUGGAAUAUGCCUGCGACCACUGCCAGGGCAUUAUCGUUGGGCAGCGCAUGAACUGCAACGUGUGUGAAGAUUUUGACCUUUGCUUUGGGUGUUACUCCGCCAAGAAGUACUCUGAGAGGUACUGUGCCUUCACAACCUUCUGAAUCUUAACGUGAUCACGCUUGGGAAUUGGGCACCCCUACUUUGGGACGUGGGUGGCGCUGUGGGUUAAACAACAGAGCCUAGGACUUGCCGAUCAGAAGGCUAGAGGUUCGAAUCCCCAUGACGGGGUGAGCUCCCGUUGCUCGGUCCCUGCUCCUGCCCACCUAGCAGUUCGAAAGCACGUCAAAGUGCAAGUAGAUAAAUAGGUACCGCUCCGGCGGGAAGGUAAACGGCGUUUCCAUGCACUGCUCUGGUUCGCCAGAAGCGGCUUAGUCAUGCUGGCCACAUCACCCGGAAGCUGUACGCUGGCUUCCUUGGCCAAUAAAGCGAGAUGAGAGCUGCAGCCCCAGAGUCGGCCAGAAGUGGACCUAAUGGUCAGGGGUCCCUUUACCUUUACCUUUACUUUUUGGCAUUAUCAGGUGGAGGGGUGGGGGCAAAUCCUGGCUAAUCCGCAGGUGCAGUUUGCUCAGCAGUUCUCCCAAUCUAGCUUGAGUCAGGGGUGGGGAGCCCACACGCUUGCUGGAUGUACCUGGUUUCUUUUAUGAACACCCCUGAAUCCACUAAUCUGACACAUUAGGAAUAGGGUACCUCUACAUCCUUGCCCUAUGAAUUUGUUUCCUGUGCCAGGAACUGUGUAGCUCCGAUAUGGAUGGAGCAGUACUUUUGAGAGGGUUGGGGGUAUACGAAGAUAGUAUGCUGUAAGCAUUUUCAGAAAAUAAGCAAGAAAGAAGAUGACAGUCUAGGUUGCAGAGACUUGUAUUGUGCCCAUGCGCCCCACAGAGCACAACCCCGCUUUGCGCCUAGAGGCAGUCACAUGCAUCCUGUUGACAUUUUACUAGUAGCAGUGCCAGCCAUCCAUCGUAAUGAGAAGUUCUGCUUUUCUUCCCUCCUCGCCUCCAUUUUAGCCACCUGCCCACCCACAGCGUCACAGCGCACCCGAUGAUGACCAUCCGGAUCAGUGACCGCCAUCGGCUCAUCCAGCCUUACCUUCACAACUACUCUUGGCUGCUGUUCUCCGCUCUGGCUCUCUACAGCGCCGACUUGUCGAGCGGCAAGCAAGGGGAUGGCGAGGAGGCGCUUGACCCCCAGGUCGUCGCCCACGCCAGGGCCCUGCAGCAGCAGUGCAUCCAGCUGAUUGGGGAUUGCCUGGUGAAAGUGCAGCAUGGGAAAGGUGAAGGAUGUGGGGAUGGCUGCUCAGACCCAGGGCAGAGCAUCGGUGGGAGUGGGAGACGACACAUCGCUUACCCCAGGCAUAGAUUCUGCCCCCGCGCUAAGGCCUGUUGCUUUGAUAUAAAGCUGUAAGGUAGGAGUGGGGAGCCUUUGGCCCUCUGGUUGUUACUGAACUACAACUCCCCUCAUCCAUGGCCACUGUUCAUGCCUGCUGAGGCUGAUGGGAAGUGUAGUUCAGCAGCGUAUGGAGGACUGGGGGAUCCCUGCACCCUGCCAUAUGGUCUGCAUCUGAAUUCCGUUUCAGGAUGGAGAUUGCAAUGGUUAACAUUUUGCAUGGGUGGGGUGUUUUAUCGUAGGGGUGUUGGUUUUUUGCCAGUGUGUGUGUUUUUUGAUUAAAAUAUUGUAAGUCACUUGAGUUGCCAUAGAAAAAAAGUGGCUAAGAAAUUUAAAUAAUAAAGGAUUUUUUUGGCGGGGGGGGGGGUUGUUGGGACACCCUCUUCCAGCAUUUAAAACCCCCACGGUCAACACGUACCUGCACUGCUCUUUUUGCUGAACUACUCCCUGCCCAGUGUGGGCUGUUCAGUCCAUAAGGCUGCCUUUCCCCAUCCCUGGUGGCUAGGGAAUAGGAUAAUUUGGAAGGGAGGCUUUCAGCAGUGGCAGUAAACCCCAUAUGAGCUGGUCUGGAUUCUUGAACACUGCUGAGGGGUGAGGGAGGCACAGAGUUCAUUUUCUUAACCCUCAAGUUCCAGAACUUGCUGUAAUUAUGAUGAGGGUUGGAUUUAUUUCCUUCUUUUCCUCUACCCUCACCCCAGUACACAUUUAGGAUCUGGUCCAUUCAUGUUCCGCUUUUGGAUCAUCUUAUCUUCCUUCCCCCACACCCAGGUUUGAAAAGCCUCGCUCUGCUCUGCAUGUUGCCAGAAAGCGAAUCUUUACCCGAAAAGGGGAUACUAUCAGUUGAAAAUUCCACAGACGGCACUGGUGAGAGAGCCAUGGAAACCGAUAAGGCGACAUCUGCAUCUUUCACCCACUGCAGCGUAAAUAUAUAUUUUUAAAAAUGCUUCAAUGUAAACAAAAGAGGCUUCAAACUGGUCCCUCUUUUGGUGUCCCUUUUUAUGAUUCUCUGCAGCUAUAAUGACUGCCUGUACCAACUUCUGUGUACACGGUACCUUCCAGAUGUUUUGGGCUACAACUCUCUUCAGCCCCAGCAUCCUGUGGCCAUGCUGGCUUGGUCUGCUGUGAGUUAUAAACCAAAACAGCUGUAGGAUACACCGGGUAGGCAAAAGCUACCCUGCACUGCAGAUUCUUGCAGCUUAUAAGCAGAUAAGGCAGAACAGGAGGAUGUUGACUCCUGUUUUCUAGAAGGUGGGAGUGAGCUCCACAUUCACAGCAAACGAUUAACUGUGGUAUACCUUCACAUGUGAAUAUUGUCAUUGAUGAAGAAUCCUAUUUUUGUUAACAAGGAGACAUGAGCGGUGGGUGGAACGAAUGAUGGCUUCCCAGGGCCUGAAUCUGACUUCACCUUGGUUUUGUGUAUUUGUGGUAAUUUCAGGCUGAUAGCUAAUAGUUCAAAAGUGUAGGAAACGGAAGGUCUCAUUUCGCAAGGAACAUGGCAAGCGCACCCAUUCAUUGAGUGCACACGUCCUCUUUCCCACACACCUACACUGCCAAUCACCCCCCCCACUCCCUUCGCUUUUCAGCUGGGGAGUUUCCUCCAUCCCAGGAAGGACGGAGUGCAGCCUUAUCAAAUUCCUUAUGCUCUGGAAGUUAGGGACCCAUCUGGAUCAGGACUCAGUGGAAACAAAUCCCUCUGGCUGAGGGGGGAGAACCUUCUUAAGGCAGCCCAAUUUGGUGAAGUUGAAACCUACAGGUGCUCCACCCUGCUGUUUGUUUUAGCUUUUGACAAGUCAGGCUUGCCAACUGCAUAAGAGCACUGUUGCAAUUUUCACCUCUCCUUUAUUCGUAGGGGAAUGGAAACGCUGAUGAAAUCCAGGCCUCUGCAGAUACCGAACGAGGGCAGAAAGUGAAAACGGAGGGCAAGCCCUCCAACGGCCUUCCACUGAAGAAAGAGGUGGUAACACAAGAGAGAGAGAAGCUUGCCCUUAAUUCAGAUUUUCAAGCAAAGGAAUCUGUAUCUGCAGGUAAAGAUUACUCCUUUUUGGUUCCUAGAAUUACAAGUCACUACUCUGUUUUUAAAUGUCUUUCUCCUUUAUCAUUUGAACAUGUUUCUUCUAAGUUGGUGGCUCUGCCAUUGUUUGGCAUCAAAAUUACUUUGCGCCUGCAGCUGGUAAUAACAUGUAGUCGAUAGUAAUCAUUUUUAAAUUGCCAAAAAUGUACCAAGUGCCUUUCAAGACACCCUAGCCAGCAGUCUUACAAACUAUAUUUAUCUUAAAUGUGGAAAAAUGAGUUGGUGGAAGGAGAGGGAAUAAUUUCUGAGCAGAAGUUUAUGCAUGUUCAGAGAACUUAAUAGAGGAAAGGUAAGUGCUAGUCAUAGUUUACCAAUAUGAACAUUGCAGUAAGCCUUGAUUAGCACUAAAUUGCAAAUAGGAAGUGAUGCUGUGCUUGGGAGUGCAGGUGGCUUGGAGGACUGGCUAAAUUGAGGCUAGAUGCUUCGAAGAAGUGCAGCUUCACACCAUGCAUUGCACCAACUUAGAGGACUUUUAAAGGGGUUAUUAUUAUUAUUAUUAUUUAUUAAAUUUGUAGCCCGCCUUGCAUCUGAAGAUCACAACAUAAACAUACAAAACGAGAACACAAAAUACAUAAUAAGAACAAGAACAAGAACAAAUAAAAAACCACCACCACCCUCCUACAAACAUGUUUAAAAGGACAUAGAAUGUUAAUCAGACAAAGGCUUAGUUAUAAGAAACAACCACUUUUGCCACACUCUGGGCCUCUUGUGGGGGAGACACAAGAAGGCUCUCAGGUGAUGAUCACAGGGUCUGAGUUGGUUCAUAUGGGGAGAGGUGGUAUAACGCGUGGCAGCAAUCUGACUUACGAGGUUACCAGAGCAUAGGCAACAGAAGUUAGGCUAUCCCUGUCCAGAUAGUGGCACCGCGGGACUACCAGCCGAAGCUGAUGCCACCUGAGCUUCCAGCGACAGCAAAGGAGUAUCCCUAAGCUAUGUACCUGCUCCUUCAGAUGGAGUGUAAGCCCGUCAAGGGCAGGCCACCUCUCAUCCAUUUGUUCUAGGGAACCACCCACUAACAGUGGCCCAGUCUUACUUGGAUUGAGCUUCAGUUUGUUGGCUCCGAUCCAGUCCAUUACCAAGGCAAGAGAACGGUCCAGCACACCCAUUGCCUCACCUGCAGAUAUAAAGGAGAAGUAGAGCUGUGUGACACCAGCAUUUUGCUGACAAUCCAUGGCUGUAUCCUCAGGAAUCUGAGACAUGCCUCUCAAUUCCACCUGCUGGUGAAUAACCAUGAUGUACUCAUUUCCUGCGAGGGGCUUCCCAGGGGCAUCUGGUUGGUUGCUGUAGGAAACAGGACUCUUGGACCGGAUGGUCCUCUGGUCUGAUCUCGCAGGGCAUAAGGAAAUACCAUAAGGAAAGUAUAGCUAACCAUGGUUAUCACAUUGCAGAUGCAAUGCUGCACCAUGGUCAGCGCCGAAAGCGAAAGAAAGUCAAGCACGCAGAGGGAGCGCACUGUGAACCAACUACCUCAACAGUAAUGACAAUUCUGCAAUUUGGAGGAAUUUAUGUUGCUUUAUUUUGUUUUACAGACGCUGAAGUUGCCGACGUUUUGACUCCAUGCCGAGCUGAAGAGAAGGCAAUGCCCAGCCAAGAGGAGAUAUUUGCCGAGUGCUCCCAGAAGAGGAUUCUUGGGUUGCUGGCUGCCAUGUUGCCUCGCUUGAAAUCAGUAAGAAUCAGCACAAACUGGGAGAAGGGAAGCCAGGGAGUUCCUGGGUGGCAAGAGGAAGGAAGCGGGUAAAGCAGCUGGAGGAGAAGAGGGCAGAGGCUUGACAAAGAACUGGGUGGUGGGGGUGUCCUUUUCCUAUCCUUGGAACCCCACCAAACCACCUGAACCUGCAACUGGGUGUGGAGAGUGCAGCUGACUGCUGAAUGGGACAGCCUGAGGCUGAUCCAUCCACCUUGGGGCUGCUCGUAAAAAGCAGAGGUGAAUAAACAGCUGGAUAGAUGGCCCACCUUGGAUGAAGGCAGGAAACAGAGUGAGGACAGGAAAGAGCUAUGUGAUCUUGACUCUGAACAUUUCUUGCCUUGAAGGCCAGUUGUUGAUUUGACACCCAUUACAAACACAUUUGUUUUGGGACACGGGUGGCGCUGAGGGUUAAACCACAGAGCCUAGGACUUGCCGAUCAGAAGGUCGGCGGUUCGAAUCCCCACGACGGGGUGAGCUCCCGUUGCUCGGUCCCAGCUCCUUCCAACCUAGCAGUUUGAAAGCAUGUCAAAGUGCAAGUAGAUAAAUAGGUACCGCUCCAGCGGGAAGGUAAACGGCGUUUCCGUGCGCUGCUCUGGUUCGCCAGAAGCGGCUUAGUCAUGCUGUCCACAUGACCUGGAAGCUGUACGCCAGCUCCCUCGGCCAAUAAAGCGAGAUGAGCGCCACUACCCCGAGUUGGCCACGACUGGACCUAAUGGUCAGGGGUCCCUUUACCUUACAAACACAUUUCAUGUGAGACCCAGCAGUCCAUUCCCAGCUGGAAGUAGGCAAAAACUGGAAACGGGGAAAAGGAGUGAACCAUAUUCCCAGUCCUCUGAUCUCCUGCCCCCUUCUCCCCUCUCUGCAGGACUCGACAAUGUCUCUGAUGAACCUCGACCAGAUCCUCCCGCUGAUGUUUCAAGUUGUGAUCUCAAAUGCCGGCCAUUUGAAUGAAACCUACCACUUAACCCUGGGGCUCCUAGGCCAGUUGAUUCGGAGGCUGAUGCCUGCAGAAGUAGACGCUGCCGUGACCACGGUCCUCUCGGCCAAACACGGCCUCGUUGCUGCCGAUGGGUCCUCUGUGCCGGAAGGAUGGAAGACGACCCAUCUCCUCUUCAGCUUGGGAGCAGUUUGCCUGGACAGGUACAUGGAGAAAAGUUUUCCUCUGCCUAAUCCUGGAAUAGGGAAUGGUAGGUGGGCAGAAGUUAUUGCAGGCUGUGUCCCCGCCUGCAAUGGCCAGUGCAAGACACCCCCAUGGACUGGGGCACUGGGCAAGCACAGGAUCCGCUGAGUCCCUAUCAGGCCCUGCUGUUGUCGUAUCACUAUAGUGGGCCUGAUCCAGGCCUCUUUGCUGCACCAGCCUGGAAUCUGGCAUAGUGAGGGGGCAUUUACCCCUCCCCAUUCCUUCCUGGCAAAAUGAGCUGGUUAGUGGAGGCUGUUACAGUUUGUGGUUCAGCUUCGUAGGUCUUCAGAAGAUGACGGUUUUGCCCUGCAGCAGUGAGUAGUACCCCCUCCCCCCAGGGGUGGUGGAAUUACCAAGGGGGUGGCAUUGGAGGUGGGGCUAGAGCCUGAAGUGUAACACCUUCUACUGCUCUUGGUUGCUUUCAAAAAGCUAUAGUCACGUUUCUUUGCCAGUGUGGUGUAGUGGUUAAGAGCGGUAGUCUCGUAAUCUGGGGAACCGGGUUCGCGUCUCCGUUCCUCCACAUGCAGCUGCUGGGUGACCUUGAGCCAGUCACACUUUUUUGAAGUCUCUCAGCCCCACUCACCUCACAGAGUGUUUGCUGUGGGGGAGGAAGGGAAAGGAGAUUGUUAGCCGCUUUGAGACUCCUGAAGGGGAGUGAAAGGCGGGAUAUCAAAUCCAAACUACUACUCCUCCUCCUCCUCUUCUUCUUCUUCUUCUUCUUCUUCUUCUUCUAUUUGUGGUUCUGAGUUGUCACAAGAUAUCUCAUUAUUGGUUAUACAGUGGUGCCCCGCAAGACGAAUGCCUCGCAAGACGAAAAGCUCGCUAGACGAAAGAGUUUUCCGUUUUUGGAGUUGUUCCGCAAGACGAAUUUCCCUAUGGGCUUGCUUCGCAAGACGAAACGUCUUGCGAGUUCCUGCGAGUUUGUUUCCUUUUUCUUAAAGCCGCUAAGCCGUUAAUAGCCGCUAAGCUGCUAAUAGCCGUGCUUCGCAAGACGAAAAAACCGCAAGAUGAAGAGACUCGCGGAACGGAUUAAUUUCGUCUUGCGAGGCACCACUGUAGCUGGUAUCGUGGGAUCUAGUUCAUCAGUUUUGUUGAAUUAAUUAAAUAGUUUAGAUUGGAUUUUGAAUAAAUGUGCAGUUUAUCAUUACUGUUUUGAAUUUCUUGGUGUUAUUAUCCAUCCUUAGUGGGCCGUGUAAACAACUACAGUAUUUUGAAUAAUGCUUUUUAUCGGGCAGGAAGCAGUGGGGAUGAGUUUAUGGACCCAUGGAGGGGGCAGUGGCCCCAAAAGGUUUGGGGACCACUGCCCAAGAGUGUACCAAGCAUGCUGCUUCUGUGGGGGGAGGCCAGCUGUCAUUUCCAAGAAAGCUUGUCCACCCUUGAUUAAGGAAUCUCUGCUAAGCAUCAAAGGGAAGCAUGCCUUUGCUUGAUCACUGGAGUUAUUUGUCAUUUUGGAAACCUCACUGGUGCAUGAAUAGUGGACACAGACUCACAGCUAAAUGGGCUGCUCAGCCUAAGGAAACCCCAAACUUUUGUUUUUCAGCCGUGUAGGCCUCGACUGGGCAUGCACUAUGGCCGACAUCCUCCGAGCCCUGAACGCCUCUGCACAAUGGCACAGUGUGAUUGCUGCGUUCACAGACCACUGCAUCAAGCAGCUGCCUUUCCAGCUGAAACACACCAACAUCUUUACCUUGCUGGUACUUGUAGGCUUUCCAGAGGUGAGUGUGUUGAGCUUUAAAGCACCGCUGCCGCGGAACCAUUUCCCAGACAGCGCUGCCACAAUUGCAACAACGACAACAACAAAAAUGCAUUUUGCUAGGGCAUGGGAGGAUGCAUAAAAGUUAGUCGUGGUCAGUCCUUGCCUGGAGUUUGACUUCCUCUCUGCUCUCUCUCUCCCUCCGCUGCCUACAGGUCUUGUGCAUGGGGACCCGGUCUGUGUAUAUGGACAACGCAAAUGAGGCCCACAACGUGAUCAUCCUCAAGCACUUCACAGAGAAGAACAGGGCGGUGGUUGUGGACAUGAAAACACGGAAGAGAAAAGCAGGUUUUACACCUCUUCCUUUCAACUUAAUCUCAACAUUAUCCCCCUUUCUUGCACCACUUGGUUUUGCAUUCUUAGCUGCCUUCACAGUCACAAGGGCUAGAACACUCACUUUUUUUUCUUUUUUAAAAAAGUGACUUGCGUUAGUUGAUUAACAAAUGAAUGAAUUGUUUUACUUCCUUCACACAGAAAUUUCUGCCUUGCCCUUCUGCUGCCUUUUUGCAAUUCAGGGCAACAGUUUAAAAUCACAGCACCACAACAGCAUAAUAAAAUGCAAACAGUAAAAACAAAUGCAACACCCAGGUUGGUGUUCAACUUAAGCUUUACUCAGAGUAGACUUGUUGAAAUUAAUGGCUGUAAUGAGGUCACGUUCAUUAAUUUCAAUGGGUCUGCUGUGAAUGCAACUUAGUUGCAUACCACCGCCCCGCACAUCAUUAAAAAUCCAUAUAAAGGCACCGAUGCCAGAGAUCACAAGUAAAAAUGACCUUGGCAGGCAGAAGGAAUAAAAAUGUUUGAAUGAAUGAGAGUGAUGGUCACACAACACGAAGACUGUUGUGGAACCCCAUGAAUCCUAUUUUCUUUUAUUAUUUCUAAGGCAGUUCAUUUUUCACUGUUGCAGGAAAUUAAUAGAAUGGGAUUUGAGAAUGGGUUUCAGGUGUUUGCACGCAUCACCAUUUUUAUGCAUUACCGUAUUUUUCGCUCUAUAGGACGCACUUUUUCCCCUCCAAAAAUGAGUUCCCGCCAGGCUCCGCAGGCUUGCAUAUGAUAGCAGCCUGCAGCCCAAAGCUGUUCUAGCUUCGGGAUGGCUGCACAAAGCCUCCGCAGGGCGGUGGGGUGAAGGCACCUCGCCGCCCUGCGGAGGCUUGAAAGGCUGUCACCGAAGCUGCGAUCCAAAGGCUUCAGGGGUCUUUGAGGUUGGCGGUGGGGGAAAGCAGCGCUUCCCCCCACCGCCAGCCCCACAAGCUCGGGGGGCAACGGCAAGGCUGCGCGCAGCCUUUGCGCUGUUCCCCGACCUGCUCUUGGACGCACCUUGAACGCACCUUGUUUUUGAGGGGGAGAACAAGAAUUUUUUUUCUCUCCUGUUCUCCCCCUCCUAUGGUCCAGUGCGUCCUAUAGAGCGAAAAAUGCGGUACUUUGCUAGACAGAAGCUCAGAGGUGGCUGCUUAAAGAGUGACACGUUUGGCAAAAUAAAUGCUGCAGCACCACAAAAUCUCUAUAUUCUACCUUGCUGCCUGCACUGGGGUUAUUUUGAUGCAUGAUCAGCGUUCCACUUUUAUGUAUACCUGAUUUUGUUUAUUUUUUAAGCGAAUAGAAUUGAUGUUUGGGUUGAUGCUCUCCGUGGAACACUUGGGGUGUUAGGUCAAGGUUGGCCCGAGUACUGAACCAGGCCAUGAUCCCCAGCAGAGACCUGCUUCACCUCCUUCCUCUGCUUUCUAGUGAAAGACCUCCAGCUGGUUCAGCCGUGCGGACAAGCUGAUGACGAGUCUCGGUGCCAGUUGCGGCAGUACCUCCAGCACUUUGUGUUCAUCACCAGCCAUCUCCUCCAGACAAGCAUCAACAGCAGCUUUGCAGAGGCUGUGGAAGCAACCUGGGUCUUAUCUCUUGCCCUGAAGGGGCUAUACAGGACGCUUAAGGUACAGUAUAGCGUGGCAGGUACUAUGUGCGGUGGAUAUAGGCGGUGAAGCCAGUGGUCUUCACUACACCUUAUUUAUUUAGAGCAGGGUUUUGCCAGCUGUUGUUGGACUACAACUCCCAUCAUCCCCGACCACUGGUCCUGUCAGCUAGGGAUGGUGGGAGUUGUAGUCCAGCAAAAGUUGGAGACCCAAGUUUGGGAAAUUCUGGUUUAGAGCAUUAGGAUCCCCCACUCUUCAGCUGAAAAGGCUCCCAGAGCGGCUUACAGACAAGCCAUUAAAACUAAAUGCCCCCUGCCCUCUGGCUUACAGUUUAAAAAGAGAGAACAUAGCACACAAGGGGAAAGGAACGGGGAGGGAAGAGGGGAAAACAAACAUGAAAUCUGUUUGACUUUGGAAGUGGCCUGUAGAAGAAAGCAGGACGGUGCCAAUCUCAGUCCAAAGAAACAAGGGGGCAAACCUCAGAAAAGGUGCUGGAAGAAGAUUUGCAUUAUUCCUGGUCACUCCCUAUUUCUUCAUGCGCCCAAUGCCUUUUGAAUAUGAUAUUGUUGUUCAGAGGCAGGGGGAAAAAAGCGGUUCAGAGAGUAUAAUCCAAGCAGCCAAGUAUAAGGUUUAAGAUGUAAAGAUUACACGAAAGCCACAUCAUGCAAGCCGUUUUCCAUCUGGGCUGCGAUACAUCUGGUUUCAACAGGUUUUUCUUUUCUUUUCUUCCCUCUCUUUGGCAGAUGCAUCCCUUUGAAGAAAUUCGCACCGCCUUCCUUCAGACGGGUCUGCUUAAAUUGCUGGUGAAGAAGUGCAGCAAAGGAACAGGCUUCAGUAAGACCUGGCUUCUCCGAGACUUGGAGGUAAUGCAGGAGCUUCUCCAAGAUGGCGGGGCUGCUGAUCCCCUGCAUCUGAAACGAUUCCUUUUGCUCAUCUGCGGUAGCUCUUUCCAGUCUUCCAAGGAGAACACACGAGGGCUCAAGCUAUGCAGGGGUGUAGAGGAGAUCCUUGCACCAACCUUGUCUUCUUCCUCUUGUGACCUUCCAUGCAUCAGUUAUGGAGGUCUGGAGGGGAGACUCUUAACUGUGUUCAUUUUGAGCCUUAUUUUGAAUGCCUAAACGGGAAUUCCUCUUGAGCCUCCUGCCAGUCAUUUCAUUAAAAAAAUAAUAAUACAUUUUUAUUUCCCAUUUUACAUUAUUCAACAAUAAAUAUAAAUCACACACAAAUCCAGUAAUGUUUUCUGCGACUUCCCUCCCUCCUCUUCUGCAGUUUAUUUUUCUAUCAGAUUCUCUUACUGCACAUCUUAAUUUAUCCUUUUUACUCAUUUAUCUGUUUUUAAUUCCCUUAAAAUCCUUACUGCUCGUGUUUAUAUCAAUCCUGCUAAUGUUUUUAAUUGUUUACAGUUUGUUUUCAUAUAUUCAAUAAAUUUCCCCCAUUCUGCUACAAAAAGUUUAUCAUCCUGAUCUCUUAACCUUCUGCUAAGUUUUGCCAUCUCGGCUUAUUCCAUCAAUUUUAGUUGCCAGUCAUCUCCUUUUGGGGUCAUUUCCUCUUUCCAGUUUUGUGCAUUUAUCACUUGGGCAGCCGUGGUGGCAUAGAUAAAUAGUUCUUUCUGAUCUUAGUUAUUUUAAGCAUCCCCCCCCCCCCAGUUCAUUAUAAAUCAUUUCCCAGAAGGCUUUUGCAACCUUACAGGACCACCACAUGUGAAAAAAGUACCCUCUUUCUCUUUACGCUUCCAACAUAUAUUGGAUUUAGACUUACACAUUUCUGUCAGCUUGCUAGGCGUCAAAUACCAUCUAUACAUCAUCUUCAUGUGGUUUUCUUUUAAUGCGUAAGCAUGCUGUUAAUUUUAAAUCUCCUUUCCAAAGACUUUCCCACGCUGCCAUAUCAACGUAAUAACCUAUGUAUCCUGCCAGUCCUUUCAGACCGUGCUAAGCUGGGUGGGCCCAAUGGCCUAACUCUGUACAAGGCAGCCACAUAUGUUGCAUUGAUUCAGAUAUUGACUGCUAUUGCGUUUAAGGCAUUUAUACCCCCAUCCUUAGCCAAAAAGGCUCUAUAGCACCCGUCAUCACCUUGCCAACAAAGUUCUGUAUAGUUAAAGCCAUGGUUUUCCCAGUAGUGAUGUAUGGAAGUGAGAGCUGGACCAUCAAGAAGGCUGAUCGUCAAAUAAUUGAUGCUUUUGAAUUAUGGUGCUGGAGGAGACUCUUGAGAGUCCCAUGGACUGCAAGAAGAUCAAUUCUUAAGGAAAUCAGCCCUGAGUGCUCACUGGAAGGACAGAUCAUGAAGCUGAGGCUCCAAUACUUUGGCCACCUCAUGAGAAGAGAAGACUCCCUGGAAAAGACCCUGAUGUUGGGAAAGAUGGAGGGCACAAGGAGAAGGGGACAACAGAGGACAAGAUGGUUGGACAGUGUUCUCGAAGCUACAAACAUGAGCCUGACCAAACUGCGGGAGGCGGUGGAAGACAGGAGUGCCUGGCAUGCUCUGGUCCAUGGGGUCACGAAGAGUCAGACACAACUAAAUGACUAAACAACAACAACAAAGCACCCGUCAACAGCCUGGGGCCUUCCAUAUUUUUUGGACCACAACUCUGAUCAGAUAUGGCUAUGCUGGCUGGGAUGUAUCAGGAAGUUUUUAAAGUUUGACAUUUUAUUAUUUUUUCUAUUUGCUGGAAACCACCCAGAGAGGCAGGGUUUAAAAAUUGUUGUUGUUAUUGUUGUUGUUGGAGCUGAAGUCCCAAACAUCUGGAAGGUACCAGGUUGACGAAGGUCUACAGGUUGUGUGACUUGGUUGGUCUGCCACUGACAUUCAAGUUGCAUUUUGUCUCUUGCAGAUCUUGUCAAUCAUGCUUUACUCAUCGAAAAAGGAGAUAAGCUCCCUGGCGGAGCACAAGAGCCCAGACCUUGGUGAAAGGGACCAGGAUCAAGCGUUGGAUCAGUCUGCUGUCACUCCCACAGAUGCUGACCAGAACAGGCUCGAUCCGCUGGAGGGCUUGGAUGAAACCACCAAAAUAUGCUUCCUGGUACGCUUUUGACAUUUAUCUGGUGGGUUGUGGGGGACUUUAGCAACAGGCAAGAAUCUCAGAAUUGUAGAGUUGGAAGGGGUCACAGGGGCCAUCUAGUCUGACCCCCAGCAAUGUAGGAAUCUUUUGCCCAGUGUGGGGCUCAGACGCUUGACCCUGAGAUUAAGAGUCACGUGCUCUCCCAACUGAGCUACCCCAGGCCACCAAGCAGCACAGUAUGUUAGCUCACAUUGCACGGGUCUUAUUUUGAGGGUGGGGAACCCUUUUCAGCCGGUGGGGUCACAUUCCUUUCUAAGGAGCCUUUGGGGGAUGGAACACAUACGAGUGGUGGGCAGGGCCAGAGGCAAAAGUGGGCGGAGCAAGAAAUGUAAUAUUUACCUUUGUGCAAUUGGCUAGUUUCCAAACAUGUCCAGACCUAGGGACUGGAGCCCACUUCAUCAGAUGUGUGAAGUGUCUUUCUCUGAAAUGAACUCUAGUCCACAGGAGGAAACCCCUUAGUCUUUGAGGUACUACUGGACCACAGUUGCUGAUGCUGUUUUUACAUCUUUGUUCAGCAGCUUUGGGUGAAGUUCUGAUGGUUCUCAGGAUGAACUGAUAGAUUAGGCAGCAGGAACUCCCUUUUCUGUGGCCCCACAAGAUACUAACAAAGAAAGCUUAAUGAUUGCAUUGCUUAAAUGUGCUCAUGAAACCCAAUUUCAAAUUUGGGACUUCCAAAGGCUGACUCACACAUACAAUAUGCGCAGUUCACACACCCAUUGUUGAACCAUAGACCCCCAGAAGCAAAGAGUAAAAGCACCAACCCUUUUCCUCGCUUUUUACCCCUGUUGAACUUAAUUCCAGAUGACCCACGAUGCCCUUGACGCCCCUCUGCAUAUCCUUCGGGCCAUGUACGAAUUGCAAAUGAAAAGGACUGAUUCUUUCUUCCUGGAGGUCCAGAAGAGGUAAAGGAGUUCCCAAGGCUAGCUGGAAAUGAGGAGCUGGGUGGGUGCAUGUUGGAACAAAAGGACAUGUUUUGAAGGCGUAUGAGGCCGCCACCUUGCUCGAGCUGAGUACAUCUGGGGUCUUGGCCAGUGCUUUGGGUGGGUGACUGUCUAGGAAGCACAUGUCUGCCUUCUUGGGUUCCGUGAUGGAAGAAAGGUGAGAUAACAACAUAAAAGGACAAAUAAAUAAAAGGGGGAAAGAGCAUUAUGGAUACCACCUUUCCAGUAGUGGGAUGGGGAAGAAGGGGUUGUUUUUGUGUGUGUUUUAAUGAACUGUUAUGAGGAAGAGUUGAGUACCUUUCUAAAGGACAGUAUUUACCCAAUGUAGUGCAGGGAAUUACAUUGUGCUGAGGAGCAUUCCUCCUCUGAAGUGAGUCACCCAAUGAGGCAGUCCAGGCGCAGGCCUUGCUGUCAGGUUCUUCCACUAUAACAAGAGCAGCCAAUGUGACCCACUCUAGAUGUGUGUUGGACACCACCUCCCUUCGACCUAGGACCAGCUUAGGACCAGGUUGCUUGAGCAACCUCCUCAUCCCUUACAGUCUCAGUAGCUCACUGCUUUCUCUCCUGCAAGUUCCAAAGGCCUCAGAAACCCACUUUGUGGCAACUUGGGAGCAGGGCUUUUAGCGUGGCUGCCCUGUUUCUGCGGAAUAGCAUUCCUGCCAAGGAAUGCACUUUCUGGAAACAAGUGAAGAUAAUUUUGUUCCAACAGGCGUUCCCAGUGGGAUAAAGGGGUCUUCACCAUGAGUGCCCAUUCUUUAGGGUUUUAGUUUUCGUAUAAGUGCAUUUGCCGUUUUUGUCCUUUUAAGCUGUUUUUGAAUUACUUUGUUUGUAGAUGAUCUUGAGACAGUGGUUUAGAUGGCGAUUAAUAAAUUAAGUAGACUAAUGAUAAUCCUGACCAUUGGCCAUGUUGGUAGCUGGGGAUGCUGGGAGUUGGAGUCCAUCAUUAUUUAGCGGGCAGCCUGUAGGCUUUCCCUGUGCUGUAUACUCCUUCCCCUUGGAGAGCAGCUAAGUGGUAGGUUGGCUUCUUGCUGUCAGCCAACUCAGCUCUCCAUGCCAUUUGCAUCUUGCAAAUUAAAGCUGGGAGGCAUUAAAUACUUAACUGCUUUGCAAUCAGCGUAUUCAAGAUUUCAGCAAACAAGAGCCUUCCAGGGGAAGUAGCAUCGGGAAUGUAAAUGGAGAAGGCUUUUCAUGCAAAGAUCCUGUUUUUUUAUUUACGUUUCUGGAAUUUGACUGCAAAAUGCUUGGGUGUGCCCUUAAAGGUUUGACGGUGAUGUGGUGACAACGGAUGAGAGGAUCCGGACAUUGGCUCAGAAAUGGCAGCCCAGCAAGUGCUUGCGGUCAGAGGAGCAGAUUUCCAAAGCGCUCGAUACGGACAUGAUCAUUGUGCCAUGUCUGGUGAGUCUUCCAUGUACGUCAGUGUACUAGGAGCACCUGACGUAAUACACAUAAAAUAAAACAUUUGGAAGUAUUCAGGUGGGCAAAUAGCAAUGAAUCCAGCAUGUUCAAACUGCAGAAUCCCAGGAACUGGGAGUAUACAGAAGAAGGAAGAAGCAAUACAUAAAUAUUCAGUUUAGAAAGGUUCAUAAUGUCGACACCAAGAGUCACACGAGUCUCCAGUGGCAAAUGAGUGUGGCUGAUUCGGUGAAGUGUAGUGGUUAGACUAGGACACGGGAAGCCUCAAUUUAACACCCCCCCAGCCAGGAUGCUCAGUUGGGCUAAGAACUACUGUCCCUCAUCCUCAGCUGCCUCACAGUAAUGUAAGUUUCUAGUCCCUGAUAGCUAUGGAAAACAGCUGCCCCAAACUAUGUGGGCUGCAUCUGCCUAGGAAAGCCCCAGAGUGGUAAGUGGUGGAUUUUGAAGUGAAAUAUAACCCCGAAUCUCUGCAGCCUGCUCCUGUUUUACAGUCCAAGCCUGCCCCCUGCAACAAGGCCACAGAAGAAUCCAACCCCAUCACCCAGAAGCUCAUCACCAACACGGAAAGCGACCUCCAGCUCAGCUACGCCAAGCAACGACGCACCAAGAGCUCCGUCCUCCUGCACAAGGAGCUGGACUCCAGGAGCAAGAAGGCCGUGCGCGGCUACCUCUACCGGGUCAACGAUGCCACCGCCGUCCUUUACGCGAGGCACGCCCUGGCUUUGCUGUUGGCCAAGUGGCCCGACGACGUGGUGAUCAGCGAGGAGAUGCUGGAGCUCAGCGGUCCGGCUCACAUGACGUACAUCCUGGAUAUGCUUUUGCAGCUGGAGGAGAAACAGCUGUGCGAAAAGGUAGCAGUUUUUUCUGAGAGAAACACACACAUACCCCUCCCUGGCAUAUUGAAAGAUUGUGACUUUGGAAAGGGCUCUUUAAAACCUGCCAGAGAAUACAUUCAAUCAGUUACAGUCCCUGCCCCACAGGCUUACACCCAUGGCACACAAUGGAAAAGGGACAGGGAGGGAAAUCAAGCUGAGGAACCAGUUCUGAAAGGGCUGUUCUCAUAUUGACCAGCUGGCACCGUUUAAGGGUGGGAGGUGCCUGAUGGAGCUGGUCUUUCAGCAAAGGAAUGAGCCUUUUGCUCCUCAUUCCCCACAGAGGCAUCUUGAGGGAAUGACUGCCCCCAGGUGCCAGUUGAGGGGAGAAGUCUGAUGGGGCUGGCCUGUCUCAGCAGAGCUGAUGGAGUGAUGAUGAAACCAGCUGUGCUGCAUUUGCAAACCCGCCUUCGCCUUCUGAAGCCGCUUUAACUUGUGCUCUCUGCAGAUUCUCCUGAAAGUGCUCCGCGGCUGCAACGAAAGCAUGUUGGCGACGAUGGCGUUGACGGCCUGUCAGUUCAUGGAGGAGCCCGGGAUGGCCGUCCAAGUGCGGGAGUCUAAGCACCCCUAUAACAACAACACAAAUUUUGAGGUACUCCCCCCCCCCAGCAGUCUGACAUCACCUGUGUGAAAUUACGAUGAUGGCCCCCCAAGAGCGGGGACGUGGGCAGGAGAGAGAAAAUGGCCUUAAUGGCUUUACUUACGAAGGCAGGUUUCCAAGUAGGACAGGCACAGGGAACCUUUUUUCGGCCACGUUCUCUUCUGGGCAAACUUCUGGGCAGGGGUGGGGCCACAUGCCAGUGGUGGGCGCGGCCAGAGGCAAAAGUGGGCAGGGCAGCAAAUGCCAGCUAGUGACUACACGCCCUCACACAACCCUCUCUGUCUCCACCCUUGCAAGCAAGAGACGUCAUCAGAGUACAAGGACACAUUCCAUCCAGGCAAAAACCCUUAAGAUGAGCAACACAGUCUUGGCUUUAGUUUCCCCAUGUGCAAAACCUACCUUCUGAGGUGGGUUGGAUGACUGAGAUAAUUUAUGUGUAGGUGGAAACGAGAUAUGCUUGGAGGGUGGCAUAUGCACUGCAGUUUCUAAGGGAAUUUUGCAAGUGGGUGCAACAACCUGUGGCUCCUUUGUGGGACGUGGGAAGGAGCCACACUGGGGCAGCUCCAAAGAGCAGCACUGGGAGGCAGAAGAGGUUUUUGUUGAAUGGAAACUGCCUCCCCCCCUUUGGGCAAAGUGUGCUCCUACUAGCUAUCAGCUGAGAGGUGGGUCUGAGUGUGCCUCACUCCAGCGAAGAAACCAGGAGCCCACCUUAACCUCUUGAUUGCUCCUUUGAAGCCUUCCCCUUACCCACGCUGCACCUGACAUAUUGUGCGAAGACAUUGUGGAGCAGGAGGUAUGAGUUCCCCAGAAUGGCCCGGCAGGCCAAAUGAGGAGGCCCAAGUUUGCCCCACAGGCUACAGGAGCCUCCCACCCCUGGAGCCCACCCUUUUUCUCCGCCUGAGUCACUCUUACCUGUCUCAGCUCUCUUAAUAAUGCACCAUGGAGACCUCCAGAGGAGUGAAUCAUGCCUGGGCAGAACAAGCAGAGUCCUCUUUAGAACAUGGGUCGUUCUGGUGCAUCUUAGCCGUGGGAUGAUUCAGCCACCCUCAGCGCAGAAAUCCAUAUGGAGGAGAAGCUGGAGGAGUGAAUUGUUCUGAAGAGCUGCAGAGAGCAGCCACCUCUUAGCGUUCCAGGCUCAUCGGAGCCUUUCAUUUUUAGCUUGUUUGCUGCGAGAACUAAACUAAGCUGGUUCUCACUUCCCAGCCUGCAGAUUCAGGAUAUGAAACUUGAAUCCAUAGAAUAGCAUCUCCCUUUCGGUGUUUACCUUUCAACCAAGGUUCUUCUGUGCCCUCGGGUUUGUCACUCCAAACACCCACCCUGGCCGCCAUUCUAAUUUUGAGUCAGCCAGCGUUCUCUCUUGUUGGAUUCCUUCCCGUUUUUGUUUACAGCGGUGGUUAGGAACCUUUCCCUCUCACCUGGGGCAGCUUUCUGGGGCCCUCGCCUCCAGUGAUGGGCUGUGGCCCCAAUUCCUCACAUGCGCUCAGCUGUCUUUGUGGUGCGCGUUGGUCCUCUGUUAAGCUUGGCACCUGCUCUCUCCCGCAGGAUAAGGUUCACAUCCCUGGUGCUAUAUACCUCUCCGUCAAGUUUGAUUCUCAGUGUAACACGGAAGAGGGCUGUGAUGAGCUAGUUGUAGCCAGCAGCUGUGACUUCAUCCACGAUCGCCACACCUUCAGCGGGCCUCCGCACAAGUGGACAGACUUCGAGCUUCCAGGUAAAGUUUUGCAGCAUUGUUGAGGGGAGGGAGACCCUUAGAUAAGCUAGCAAACAUAGCGCUGACACUCUCUGGUGAUACUUAGAUGCCAGAAACAUUGAUACAGCUUAAGAAGCAAAAGUCGUCUAGGUACUAAAUGAAACUGGGCAUACAUGAACUGUGAUGCUCAGAUGAAGGGGCUCCUUCCACAGGGCGGGAGCAAGUCCCUCUAGAGCAUAGUUUGAGACACUGGCAGUUUAACAGGAGCAUCUUUUUCUCCGGUUGACAAAUAUUGUCAGUGGCCAUCAUAUACUAUAAAAAAGAGAGUUGGUUCUUGUCACCUCCCUGCACAGUCUGUUCCACUGCAUUAACUUCUAUGACAGCAUCAGACCCCACACUUCCCCCUCCGUCCAUCGUGAAUGCAGAACAGACUCUCCAGUGGCGAGGCAUCUCCAGUUUUGUAGCUGCCAGAAGAAAAAGAAAUAGCCUUACUGGUCACUUGUUGGCUGUUCUCAGGGAAUGGGGCCAGCAAGUGGGUUCAGUGAUGUUAUUUGAGAGACUAUAGCUGAAACCUCCUGAAGGAUGAAUUGUAUAUUUUUAUAUACAAUUAUAUAUUAUUUUAUUUUAUUAUUUUAUUUUAUUACCUGCUCUUCGCUCCAAGAGUAUGUUAUGACAUCAAAACAACAUUAAUAACAGUUUGUUUGUUUGUUUGUUUGUUUGUUUAUUAUUUAAUAAAGGUAAACAAACAAAUAUACACUUGAGGUGUAUAUUUUUAGGGCCCACCAUGUUUGUAUUGGAGUGCCAGGUCAUUCAAAUACCUGAAAGGCUGCCUCCUUCCCUACAGACCCUCUCGGGUGCUCUUGGUAGUUCCUCUGGCCUCAUUGUUGCCUCCAGCUGUGGAGGCAGAGCACAGCCAUCAUGGCUAGCAACCAUCAAUAGCCCUCUUCUCCUCCAUGAAUGUGUCCCAUCCUCUUUUAAAGCCAUUCAAAUUGGUGGCCAUCACUUCCUCCUGCUGGAGUGAGUUCCACAGUUUAACUUUCUCCCUUUCCCCUUUCUGAAGUGGGCUCAGUUUUGACCUAAUUUCUUCUCCCCACCACCCCUUAGCUCUCAUGUGCUUCGUUCUUUUAGCUUGGCAAAGAACAAAAAACACCAUAUGUCUUCUCCUGCGCUGUGAGUCAUCGCUUCCUUAGCAUCGUCGGGGAGAGGUUUAUUAAUGUAGAGAGAGUUCCAUAAAAUCCUGCCUUUGUUCAGAACAUGUUGCCUGUCAAAAAUAUUUUUAAAAGAUGCAGAAAACAUGGCAACGUAUUAGCGAUUUGCUAAUAGCAGACGUUUCAGCAUCUGGGAUCAGAAUCCUGUUUUGUCUUGCAAAUUACCUUUGAAAAAACAAACCGCUCCUCAGUGCAGAAAUCUUUGAGCAAUUUCCUUUGCAGCGCAGAAUUCUGAAAAGUCGAGAUGGUUUUAGGGUUGUGUUUGAGGUGUGUUCAGUACUUGCUCAGCUAUAAAACCCUUUAGGCCAUGACAUUUUUCUUAUUCUAACUUUUUUUGAAAAAUGAGAUGCUGUUGCUCCAUGUAACACACAGGAUACUGCCAGGAAUCAGAAAAACAGUGAAACACAAACAUGCAGCUUAGCCUCAAAACUGCCCCUGCCCCUUUGCUUAUAGUGUGCGUUUUGAGCGAGAUUGUCUGUGUCCCUGGUUAAGAGAACGCUUUCCUUUGCUCUUGUAACAGGGGAUACUCUCUACUAUCGAUUCACCACGGACAUGAGCAACACAGAAUGGGGUUAUAAGUUUACAGUGACAGCAGGUCAUCUGGGGAGGUUCCAGACAGGUAAGUGCUUUUCAGAGCCAGGAGUCAAAGAUCGUCGUAGUCUCGCUUUCCUUGUGACGGGUCAGGGAUCUUGGAGCAAAGCCUGUUGUCUUUUCUUUCUCAAGAUAACACUGGGCAGUGGAGAGAGGGGACAAUAACCCAAGAAGGUGUUAACGCAGUAUGGGUGUCUCUUCCUUGCAGAGCGCAAAAGCUUGAUGUCAGAAUGGUGUUUGAAAUAAAACAUUACGAUUCAUGCAAACGGGAGCAUUCAUUGAUAAGAACCUAAGAAGAUCAUGCAGGGUCAGGCUAGUGGCCCACCUUGCCCAACAUCCUGUUCUUGCAUCAGCCAGCCAGAUGCCUCAAUGGGAAACCCAGAAGCAGGACCCGAGCACGAGAGCGUUCUCCCCUCCUGCGGUUUCCUGCAACCGGUAUUCAGAAGCUGUGGAGGCAGAGCAUAGACGUCGUAGCUAGUAGGCGGCAGCAGCCUUCUCUGCCAUGAAUUCCAUAAGAGUUCACUGUCCUAUGUGCCACCUGGGGCAAAAACUUGAGGGAGGGCAGUUUACAAUAUCUUAACUCAGAGCUGGGAAACCUAUGACCCUCCUGAUGUUCCUGGGUUCCAGCUGCCAUUAGCCCCAACCAGCAUGGCUAAAGGUCAGGGAGGAUGAUGGGUCCAGCAUCAACCAGAAGCUACAUGUCCCCCCCUCGUUGCCCUUAAUAAAUCAACUGUUAUUUACUAGCUGCCUUUGCUUAUUGGUCUGCUCUUUCGAUUUCCGCCUUUUUAAUUGUUGGUUGGUUUUAUAUAGUUCUAUGCACGAGCGUAAGGACGCGGGUGGCGCUGUGGGUUAAACCACAGAGCCUAGGACUUGCCGAUCAGAAGGUCGGCGGUUCGAAUCCCCGCGACAGGGUGAGCUCCCGUUACUCGAUCCCUGCUCCUGCCAACCUAGCAAUUCAAAAGCACAACAAAGUGCAAGUAGAUAAAUAGGUACUGCUCCGGCAGGAAGGUAAAUGGCGUUUCCGUGCGCUGCUCUGGUCCUGCUGGCCACAUGACCCGGCGGCUCCCUCGGCCAAUAAAGCGAGAUGAGCACCGCAACCCCAGAGUCAGGCACAACUGGACCUAACGGUCAGGGAUCCCUUUACCAUACACGAGCGUGGUUGAAAACAUUGAGGCCAGUCUUUGCCUACUUGGCUUAUUCCAGAUGUUUUUGGAUUACAGCUCCCAUCAGCGCCCAGCUUCGUACAGCCAAGCUGGCUAGGACUGAUGGGAGUUGUAGCCCAAAACAUCUGAAGAGAAGGCUGGUUUAGACAAAAAGUACCUGCGUCAGGGUUAAGAGUAAGAAGUUUCUUCUAUUACGGGACAGGUGAUACAACCUGUUCUGAGGCUAGCUUUACUAAAUAUGUUUAUAGAGGACUUUCUGUUUCAGGAACUACUAAAGCUUUUCCAUAUCUGCAGCUAGAAAUCUCUUGACGCUAUACUGUAUUGGGAAGCAGCUACUAACUCAACUCUAGCGUCACAGUAGAGUUAGGCUAUACAGUAGGGACAUCGCUCUUGCAGAAAAGCAUAGGAAGCUCUAAGAAACACAAAGACCUAAAAAACAAAACAAAACAAAAACCACCACCUGAUUUUGAAACUGUAAGGUCCGUGUUUAUUCAGUUCACUGGAAAUGGUUGUUAUCCUCGUUAUCCAUGGCUCGCUUCAGGACAGUCUGUUAAGACAAGAGACUAAAAGAGACCGGCUCUAAACAACUGUACGACCUGCUUAGCAUUUGACUGUGUCAUUUACACCGAGGAGAAGGAACACAUCUUAUCGGACAAGCAGAAUGGCACUAUGGAGUAUGCAAUGUACGUAUUUUGAAUUCCAGGCUUCGAGAUCCUGAAGCAGAUGCUGUCGGAGGAAAGGGUCAUCCCCCACAUCCCAUUGGCCAAAAUCUGGGAGUGGCAGGUGGGCGUGGCCUGCAGGCAAACUGGCCACCAGCGACUGAAGGCCAUCCACCUGCUCCUUAGGAUAGUCCAGUGCUGCAGCGAGAGGUAUGCCUGCCAGUCUCAGCUUUGCUUUUCCCCACUAAGCUUCCAGUCCUCAUGAAAAGCAAAAAAAUAAAAUAAAAACAUGAAUCCCCCCCAUCCCCACCACAAAGAUAGCAAUGUUUUCGUGUCUCGUGAUUUCUUUUGAAAUAUUAUUUCAUGAUUCCGAAGGCGGCUCUUUUAAUCUGAGAUCUGCUUCCCCUGCCUGAUGUGCAGAAAGAUGGGCUUGGCCGGUGAUAAAGGCAAAAGAAAUGUCAUUCGAAACGGGUUUGAGCCACAAAUGGCUGUGUUGGUGCUCCUUCUCUCCCUAAGCUCUAGCCCAUUUUCCACAGAACUUGGCCAUUGGAGGCCUGGUCUACCCACAAUGUUUGGGAAAUCUAAUACUGUGCAAGGAAGUGGUGGGAUGUGGUUUAUCAUGCAAAUGCCUCUGCUUUUAAAAUCAGCGGCCAGAAGAGUCAUUCUGUAAGCCAGAUAAUACUGGGAUAUAUUCAAGGUCCUCAUACAAAGCACCUGCUUUUAUUAUUUGCUUAUUUAGAGCACUUGUUUCCCCCGCACUUCAGCCAGAAAAGCUCCCAGAGUGGCUUACAUACGAUCAAUGCAGUCCCUGCCCUGCAGGCCCACAGUCUAAAAAAUACAAAUAAGUUCCUUCCCAGCUCUCCCACUUGAACUAAGACAGGAUGUAACUUACAAAUCUAGCUCAGUGCCAUCUACCUGUCCCGGUAGAUGCUCACCAAGGUUUUUCUCAGUCCUGCUGUAUGGAAUCCUUUAAUUCGCAGCUGGUCAACUUGUGGCCCUGGAACAGUUUAUUGCCUCCCAACUUCAUUUUAUGUGACCUCCUGAAGCUGCCCCAAUCUUCCACCUCAUCAGACUUCCACCCUUACUGUCUAAUUACUCCCCUUUCCCACCUCUGGAUUUGUGUGUGCGUGUGCUGCACCAAAGUCACAAAGGAAUUGCUCUCAUUAGAUUUCUAGAACAUCUGAGUCAACCUGCUUAGGGAACUCAAAUCAGAGGUGCCCAUGUUGAAAAUUGGAAGUAGAGCAGCCUUUGUUUUGGACUUGUUAAUCUCCAGCUCUGCCCACCACCAGCUUGUGUUAGACCAUGGAGAACUGGUUUCAAAUCCAUACUCAGCCAUAAAACAUACUGGGUGACCUCGUGCCAGUUUCUACCUAACCUAUCCCACAGGGUUGUUCUGAAUGUUAAACCUGGGGUGGGUGUGGGAGCAUGAAACCACCUACCCUCCCCUGAGCUCCUUGGUAGAAAGGCAAAGUAAAACAAAAUAAAAAUACAUGAAUAUAUUCCAAUCAGGAGCUUGAGAAAUCACACUUAGGGAAGGUGGCAGCUCCUAUUUAAACUAUGGAACUCCCUCCCACAGGAGGCAGCGAUGGCCACUCACUUGGAUGGCUUUAAAGAGGAUUGGACAAUUUCAUGGCUGCCGAUGGCUGUCAGCCAUGAUGUCUCUGCUCUGCCUCCACAGUUGCAGGCAGCAGUGCUUCUGAAUACCAGCUGCUGGAAACCACGGGGCCUCUUGUUUUCGAAUCCCACCGGCCACUGUGAGAGCAGGAUGCUGGACUAGAUGGGCUGCUGGCCUGAUCCAGCGGGCACUUACGUUAUGUAGUUAGAAAGUGAAGAGGGCUUUUGCAAUCAGACUGGGACUGAGGACAGCUGUUCUUCAGAGUGGCAGCCCUUUUGUGUUAACUCAACCCUCCUCUUUCUUUCAGGGACUGUGACCUCACUCUGCUGAAGCCGCUCUGGCACCUCUUCAGCCGCAUGGAGAACAGCAUGCGCCACGAUGUGACCAAGUCGGGCAUCCUCCUCCCGCUGCACCGGGCGCUGACCGAGCUUUUCUUUGUCACCGAGAGCAGAGUUGCCGUAAGCACUUCUGUCUUCUCCCUUGUGCUGGGAACAGCUGCCAAGCCAUCAGAUUAGACCAGUGAUGGCCAAACUUGGCCUUCCAGCCGCUUUGGAACUACAAUUCCCAUCAUCCCUGAUCACUGGUCCUGUUAGCUAGGGAUGAUGGGAGUUGUAGUCCCAAAACAGCUGGAGGGCCAAGUUUGGCCAUCACUGGAUUAGACUGUUCUUCCUCUUUCCUCUUCCUCCCCUUCACUUUUGUUUUACUUAAGAAAAACCAGGGCUUUAUCGGGUACAGAUCGCUAUCAGACUGAAAUUAGUCAUGCUCUUUUCCCACCAGUUGUAAUGGAACGAUGACUUUGCUUGUAGGGGGCUCCUGUUUUAACGCUGUUCUCAAAGCAUGUUUGAAAAGGGCACUCUGGUCCUGUUGAUGCAUCUUGCAAUUCAGGAUCAGUUUGUAGUCCCUCCCUCCCCUCCCUCCCAAACCCACCCCCCAAGCGUACCUUUGAAAUGACGUUACAAAACUUGUUCUGUAUGUUGGGAUCCCUGGGUGAGUUAGUUUAUUUCCCUCAUGCAAUGCCGUUAUGAAAACACACUCGCUGCGAAAGCUUGUUCCUGGAUUUUGCUCCUAGCUCUCAUUCACACUCUCUGCUUUUAGGAACUUGGAUCUCUGCAGGAUUACUUGCUUGCCUUAAAUACGGAAGACCAUCUCCACCGCUGUACAGCGCAGGUAAAACCUCCAGGAGCCCCUGCUGAUCUCCCCUCCUGUCCCCAAACUUCUUCUUCAGCAGAGGCUGCUUUUCUGACGGGUUUGCCUUAAUUGCUGUGCCCUGGAGACUCCUGAGACAAAAGAGCAGAGCUUUGGGUUUGGGCAAGGGAGAGGCAUUCCACAGGCAGACAGAAAGUAUUAGGAAUGGGGAGGGGUGAAGCUCUUGGGAGCAUUUUAAUUGGGCAUCGUUCUUAUAAGACACAGGAGGCUCUUGUCUCCUCUGAGAUAAUUCACAUUAUUUUACCAAAAGAAGACAAAUUUAGAAACUCAAAAGUCAGCUGCACCAUGAGAAUAAACAGUUGGACAUGUGACGUGACUUCUAAAUCUGAAGCAGAUUUAGUUUGAGUCCGACUGGACAGGGGUCGGGGUGGGACUGUUCUCCUAGUCCCAGAUGACGUUGGGCUCCCAACUCCCAUCAGCCCCAGUUGGCAUGGCCACAGUGGACCCUGGGGGUAAUAGAAGUUGUAGGCCAGCAACAUCUGUAGGGUCCCCCUGUCCCCGAUACAAGUGGAAGCCUGUUGGGAUGUGCCCAUCUGGUCCAGCAUCUGGUUUCCUGUGGUUCCCAGAAUCCUCUGGGAGGUUCAUAAAAAGGGCAUAAAGUCAAUCUCCUUUUCUUCUUGUUUGCCUCACUCUCCCACCUGCUAUUUUGGGGGUAUGCUCCCCAAACCUUCUGCUUCCAUUUAGCUUGAGGUGUGCAUUACCUCAGUAUUUUGUGCCCUGUGCCCAGAUGAAACAUAUGAUGGCCCUCUCUAGGCAACACUGCUGCCCCUUCGUCAACAAAGUUAUGACUUCCCAGGCAAAAAUCCUUUUUUUUAGAACGGGUGCCAUGAAAUUGGAGAGGGGGCGGGAUAGGGAAGUGCUCUCUCUCCCACUGUCCUCGCAAGACUAUUUUGCGUGCUUGGUGAUUACCUUGAGCUUUGCACCUGCCAUUGCCCUUGAGGCCCUGUGAUUGGCGGUGGGCACAGGCAGAGUGCCCCAGUGUUGCUCGCAAAGCAGAAAAGUGUUAUUCAAGCAGAAAGGCUGUGCUGUGCCUCCAUGGCUGGAAGCAGUAACUGCUUCUGAAUACCAGUUGCCAGAAGCCACAGGUUGGGAGAGGGCUGCUCUUGUGCUCCGGUCCCGAUUGCAAGCUUCCCAUUGGGGCAUCUGGUUGGCCACUGUGAGAACAGGGUGCUGGACUAGAUGGCCCAUUGGUCUGAACCAUCAGGGCUUUUCUUAUGCUCUUAGGAUCAUAAAACAGUAGAAUUGGAUGGGGACUCCAAGGAUCCUGCAAUGCAGGAAUCACAGGUAAAGGAAUCCCUGACAGGUGGCCAUCCAACCUCUGCCUAAAAACCUCCAAGGAGGGAGAGUCUACUGUCGUCUGUGGGAGCCCAUUCCAAUCUCAAAUAGCUCAUACCAUUAGAAAGUUCUUCCUAAUGUUUAGUUACAAUCUCCUUUCUUGUACAGUGGUACCUCGGGUUAAGUACUUAAUUCGUUCCAGAGGUCCGUUCUUAACCUGAAACUGUUCUUAACCUGAAGCACCACUUUAGCUAAUGGGGCCUCCCGCCACCGGAGCACGAUUCUGUUCUCAUCCUGAAGCAAAGUUCUUAACCUGAAGCACUAUUUCUGGGUUAGCGGAGUCUGUAACCUGAAGCGUCUGUAACCUGAGGUACCACUGUAUUUGAAUCUAUUGGUUCAGAUCCUGCUUUCCGGAGCAGCAAAAGGGAAGCUGGCUCCAUCUUCCAUGUAACAGCCCUUCAGGUAUCUGAAAACGGCUCUCAUAUCGUAUCCCAGUCUCCUCUUCUCCGGAGAAAUCUCCUUGAAUGGGAAUAUGCUGAACCUCAGCAAGCCUUGAUGCUCAACUCUCCCUUUCUUUCCCAAACAGGCCCUGAAAAACAUUGCUGCUCUUAGCCUUGCCAUUAACUACCCCAACAAAUCGACGAGCCCCUGGAACGUUUAACCACAAGCUCUUUUCCGGCUCGGAGCGGGGAUGGUCCUUGCCCGUAGGAACCGUGGGGGCGAGCGUCCUUCGCCUGGUGCGGGUACCAGAGAAAGGAAAAGGGGGGUCCCUUCUGCUUCCGUUUAUGUGCACUCCGCGGGCAGCCAGCCAGCCAGUCAGUCAACUUUCCGCCCCGAUGUAGAUUCUGUAAAAGCAAAAGGGGCACUUCCAAGGAAAAAAGGGGCACUCUCUCUCUCUGGAGCACCUUUGCGCGUCACCUCGAGUUAUGUAUGCACUUCUAUUGUAGCAUGUCUGUGGAACAGUAUUUACUUUCUCUGAAUUUUGGAAGAAUGAUAUGGGGGGAGCAAGAGGGAACGAAGACCUCCCCCAAAGGAAGAGAUGCCAGGCCUUCUUCUGGCUACCACCCCACCCUCUUGCCAUCUCCCCACCGCCACCACUCGCCCCUCCUUGUAUAAGCUGAACAAGGAACUGAAAUGGACUGGUCGAAGCGUCAUUUCAAACUCAAAAGCGGGUCUGGCCCAUGAUAACAGGAUUGGCCAAGGAAGCAAUGGAGGAAUCUGGAAGUACAGCGAGGCUGAAAGAAUCCUCAAGGCUGCUGCUUUGGGGUUUUUCCCCCCUCCUCUCUGAAAAGCUGGCUGCAACCCCAGCCGAGGGAAGAGGAGGAGGAGGAAUCUGGAGGAGACCCUUGGUGAGAGACGGUGACACUCCUGCUUUUCCGCUAGAUGCUGUCAUGCUGCUGGCAGCCACGGCUUCUUGCCUGUGACGUAGAAGUUGUGGCCUGGAUGUUGUCCCGGUUGCUCUGUGAGGAGUCACGAUUAAAGGGGCAGGCGCUUCUUCCAAGAUGGCAUCUGGAAGGGGGGCGGAGGCAGACGGUGGGGGUUCUCUUCCCCUCCACUCUGAAUGCUGGCAGUGCAGGAUGUGUCCACCUCUUGAGCGAUGAGCGAAUUAACCCGCCUGGCUUCACACAGCAAUAACCACACAGUUCCUCCUGAAUGUGGAAUGCACAGGGAAAACCUCUUGGGUGAAAUAAAUGGGCUUUAAUCUCUUGUCCUGGGAGGGGGAGCUGGGGUGAAGGAGUUGCUUCUCCCCUCCAAGGGCAAACUUGCAUGAAAAGCAAGGUGCUUGUGUGUGGCAGGAAGAAAAGGGUGUUGCACAUUUGCCCCCAAGUCGCUAGCUUUAUUUUUUAAAUUUCCUUUGCCCUCUGCCAUGCUGGCGAGAGACCUCUCUCCUCUGCUUCGAUGUCUGUUUCUGGAGUUUCUGAGGAACAGUGCAGCUGGGUGAGCAGGAAUAGCAAGGUAGCCAGCCCUGUUUGUCAAGGGGACACUCUGCCCAAAAAGCAUUGCCUCUCCCCAAGGGCAGAAAGCGCACCACGGGGGAAAAACCCCAUGCUGUAGUUUUCGUGACAAUAUUUUAAGGCGGCGGCAGGUUUCUCCUUGACUUCAUUGAGUGAAAGGAAGGUGAUUGCGGCAGUGGCUGGAGAGGCAAUGAGAAGGAAAGGAUUGUUCUGGGAUGAGCCUGUAUUUAAAGGCUGGAGGAAUGUGGCUCGGAAAAGGGGCAAGAAGAACCUUGCUGGCUUGAGAUGCUGCAAAAGAUGGUGCUUGGGCAGGACACGCUCCCUGAGAAUGGGAAGACACAGCUGCAGGAAGUCUUCCCUUCGACAGCGGGAGCUCUGCUUCGGGGUCCUCCAGGUGUUUUUUGACUACAACUCCCAUCAUCCUGGACCAUCCACCUUGCUGGGUUGGGGCCGAGUCCAACAAUACGUGUUGGGCCACAGCUUUCUCCCAUUCCAGGGUGGAUCUUUGCUCAAAGCGCAUUAUCUCUCAUGUACACAACCCACCAUAUCAGGGUUGGGGUUUUUGUUUUGCUUUAGGAAAGGUGGCGCUUUGGGCAGCUUUCCCCCCCAACUGUGUGUCGUCUUGCUAAGCAUAUCAGGGGUGCGUCAGGGUCAGCUACCGCAAAAUGGCAGGGAUCUUGUGGAGCUCACCCUGGCUGCAUCCAAAGAGAUUCACAGGGAUCACUUUUCGUGAAACGUUUUUGACCUCUGAGGAUGUCAGUUGCAGGGGGAGCGACUUGUUGGAAAGGUACUGGGAUUCUUCAGAGACGCAACGGCUGGAAUCUCCACUCCUCUUUCCUUUUUAUUUCUCUCUCCCCCUGCUCCCUUUCAACAACACCCCCCCCCCAAAAAAAGACCUAUUCUGCAGAGUCGUGGUAUGUACAAAAGGCUUCUCAUUGUUUCUGUCAUGGCUACUGUCCUCACUUCCAUUUCUGAUUGGCUGAUAGGUUUCCAUGUGGCCUAUAAAAAGCAAAUGGAUUGGAUGGGACUGGCCCCUGUACAGUCCUUGUUCUCUACAUCCAAUGAGGGGGUUUUGAGCCAGUAAAGAGCACCUUGCAUUUCAACCCCGCUUCUUUCUGGAACUUCCUAUUCCAGUGACGAAGAUGACUUCUGCCAUUGCCUUACAUUGGCUGCUCUUCACAUUUUUCUGCCCCACACCUCAAAUAUUUUAAAAAAAAUAAAAUAAAGAUAUUUAUGAGCUUCCUUUUUACUAGAACAGCAGUGUGAAGAGGCAGGUUAUGAAUUGAACUAAAGUAUUUUAACAUCCCAGUUCCUCAGAAAUCCUUAGGAAAAUGCAAAAUCCCAGAUUUGAGGGAGGGAGGGGGAAGAGAAUAAAUUGUGCCUAUAACAAUUAUUGUGUGUGUCGAAUUGCAUCUUGUUAAGAAACCACCAACAUUCAAACAUAGCUCUCUCUUUUUUUUUUUUACAUAAACAUUUGAAAUGGGUGGUUGUUAAUUUUCCUUUGUUUUGUUUUAUUUUGGCGUCAUGAAAUCUAAUCACUUAUGGAGGGGGGCCCUCCGGUUUUGGUUUAACAUUAUUAAAAGCAACCCCUUAGAUUUAUUCUUGUUUGGUUUAAUGUGUAUUUUAAGGAAAAGAAGAUAUAGAUGCAGUGGAUAUAUGCAAAUGGAGAGAUAUAUUGUAAAAAAAAAAUCUAUUAAAAAUGGAAGUACAAGGAUA